AUGGAGCUUCUCCUUGGGCUCUCUGCCCUUUCCCAGUUGUUUUUGUCCUCCUCCACCACCUGUAAGUGACCACAGUCGGAGCUAGCACACUUGAGUUCUGUUCCCCAUGUUAUGGGAAGCCAAAAGGCUUGUGCAACCCAGAAACCCUUUAGGAUUAAGUGGUAUAACUGAAUGGGAGGUUUCAAGUACAGAACAUUAGCCCCUGACAAUGAACUAUGUAUAAAGCUUAUUUUUUUAAAAAAGAAAAAGGUCCCAUGUGGCAUUCAUUUGCACAACCAACUAAUUCAUUUGACUAACCUGUACCAUAUUGAGGGAGGGUGUGCAAUACUGGUUUACAUUAGAGGUUAACUCUAGAACUGGCCUGGAGUGUUGGUAAGCCAUCAAAGACUCCUCCAUUGGGGUUAACCACAGCUCAAUAUCCAAAGCCCCAACUAAAGUAUAUAUUACACAUUGUACCACAGACAAGAUGCAGGGAAUGGGAGAUCCUACAAUAUUCUACUGUUCCUCUGUAGUCUGUAGCAUCCGACAUCCCUGGACGAAUUGGGACAAGUCUCCCUCCCCAGAAGAGAGAGAAGCCCUGGAAGCACCAUGGUUAGUGAACAUAUUUGGCAAUGGCAAAAGGUGCCAAGGAGUUGUCCUGAGCAGCUGGUGGGUCCUGACAGCAGCCAACUGUUUCCUACUGAUGUGAGUAAUGUGAGAGAUUGGAAGUGCUUUUCUCCUGAUGGAGUGCUAGCUCUGGUCCUAAGAUGGUUGGUUCUGAAAUGAGAGUGCCUGAACAAUGAACAGGUUGUUGUGGAGUAAGGUCUCGCCAUUCAGGAUCUGAUAGCUAUGGUUGAUUAUUAAAUGACCUUCCAUGUUUGCCUUGCAGGCAGCCGAGCAAUGUAGAAUUCACUGGCGCUCACGGACGUUUCAGCACCAAGACAGUGAGCCAGUUCAUUUCACACCGGGGUUUCAGCUCUUGGGAUGCACCACCCAACAAUGACCUGGGACUCAUUCUGCUUGGCCAGCCAGUUGAUUUAAGGAAGCCAGACAUAUGGCCAGCUUGUGUCAUUCGGAAAGAAAAACCCUAUGACACACAAGAGGAAUGUAGGAUUAUUGAGCGGAGACAUGACGGUGAGUUUGGAGGUGCCCUGUCAAGGUUUGAGGGGGUUGUGCUAGUGGGGAAGGUGACCACAGCCCAGAGUCAAAGUCAUAGGUACUAAUAAGUCUGCAAGUUAUUUAAAAAAGCUAAGUGUAUGUGUCACAUCUGUUAGAACCACUAUACUCAACUAAUGUGUAUUUGGCACAUAGUUUAAUAUAUUGAGUGUUGGGGUGAUUAUUACUCAAUUAUAUUAUUGUAUAUUAUUAUAUAAUUAUAUAAAUUAUAUAUCUUAGGGCUAUGGAAAUAUUAGAAAAAAUAUGGUCAGUGAAGGCUUAGAAGUUAGAGAAAGCUAUGUAGGAGAAUUUGAUUUUUUAAAAAAGCAUGCACACACACGCACAGCGCUGAGACUGAUGAGUGCUGGAGUGGAUCCCUGGAGUUAGGCUAACAGGCCUUGCGGUUUAUAGUCAUCUCUCCUUCUUCACAGGGUCCUUCAGAUGGUCAGUGAAGGAGAUCAUUGUGCAUACUUUGGUGACAUCGGAAUGUGCCAAGCAAUGGGCUGACAUAGGCAAAUCAUGGAACUUGUGCGUUUCAAGAGAGGCGUCUAAUGACACAAACUGCAUGGUAAUCCCUUAUGAAUGGAUUCAGGAUCGAUUGUGUGAAUGGACACACACACACACACACACAAACACACACUUUACACCAACCCUAGUAAAGGUAAAGGACCCCUGACAGUUAAGUCCCCUGACGCCGACCCCUGACGAACGACUCUUUACUGGCCAAGGGAGCCGACGUUUGUCCGCAGACAGUUUUUCUGGGUCAUGUGGCCAGCAGGACUAAGCCACUUCUGGCGAAACCAGAGUAGCGCACAGAAAUGCCUUUUACCUUCCCGCCAGAGCGGUACCUAUUUAUCUACUUGCACUUUGACAUGCUUUCGAACUGCUAGGUUGGCAGGAGCUAGACCUGGCCACAAAAAAUCCUUCCCGCUGAUCACGUUGGGGAGGAGGGAUUGAACAAUGGCCACUUGCACAUAAAUUUUUGUCCAGACCACAUCUCCACAACAGAGUAUAUGCGGUGCUUUCUGGUAAUGGGGUGGAUAUGGGGUGACUCACUCAUCAACCCAUCACAGCUCAUUACCAUUUGUAUAUACCGGUAAAUCCCACACAGGGAGACCAGAUAAUAGGGUGCACAGCAUGUGUCUGUAUCUCUCUGACUUCAUGUUGUACACAUAAGGCUCACAAAAGGGAACCUUGGCCACAGGAAACAGCUAGAAAGGGUACUUUGUACAGAGAAGAAGCCUCUUGUACAAAGCAACCUGUCUCCAGAACAACCCAGGAGCUUAAGCAUGGCUAACAUUUCUUCUCUUCCUGGAUCCCUUGCCAGGUGCCUUUUCUCUAGCAAAUGGGGUACCAGGACAGAGCACUUCACACAAUGCUAUUGUUGUCAUAUCUCUUUGCAUUUUGGGGUCCUUGUUCAAAAUUCAAAAAGGCAGCGCCAUAUGAGAAGGGUAGCACUUCCCUCAUACUUCAGCAACGACCAGCAAAUUGUGAUUCUGUAUUACAAACCAACUCUACCUCAUCAGUUCUCUAGUGGGUGUCCAUUCUAUACUUCCCUUUUCUAGUCACCAUUUUGUAUAUGUGGGAAGUUAGAUGUAGUCUUAUACUAUUUGAUAAGACCAAUGUGAUUAGAAAGGAACUACAGUCAGCAGAGGGGAAGGGAAGAUUGGCCAAGGUUUGGAAAUACCAGAAUUCUAAUGGGAUUUUUUUUUAAGUGUGAACAAGUGUAUAGGACACCAACAAACAUUACCAGAAAGCACAAAUAGUUAUGUAGGAGAAAUGAAGGGCGGGGAUGACAGGGACACCUUUUCUUCAUUCUGGACACAUCCUGUCAUGUUUUACCUGCUGGUGCGGACAGUAAACAGCACAAUCAAACAAAAUAAUUGCCUCUUCAUGCCAACUGCAGCAUAGCUGAGGAGCUGGAAAAAAAACUACUGAGCUCCUAUGCUUCCCAAGAGGCAGCCUUUCUUACUGCUUUUAGUGGCACAGACCCUUUUUAUCAUCUGCUUUAGUUGUCUCAUUCCAUAUCUGAUUAUCAUGCUCUCUUUUCUGCUACAGGUGUCUGUAGGCAGUCCUGUGAUUUGUCGUGACCCUGGCAGCGGGCACUGGGAGGUGAUGGGUGUUGUGUCCCAGAGCUUACACGACUGCACAGCUCCUAUCCUGGCUUCUCAGAUUUUAUCCCAUUUGAAGUGGCUGAGUCAAGAAGGAGCACUUGGUCCACAACUGAAAGAUAGCAAGACCACUAAUGGUGAAUUGCCUCCCCCAGCAAUCACACCAUUAUAUGCUCUGUCUGAAACAGAAGGAGAAUUAUCUUCAACAGCUGGAGAAUCUGUAACAUUCCCAACAGGCAUAGUAUUCACAUCAACAGCACAAACAACCACACAAGUCCCACAAGCGUCUAUAACACCCCCAAUUGUAGAACAAGAAUCUGAAGCAUCUGAAGCAGUUGGACCUGUUGAACCAUCAGAAGUAACAGAAGAACCAUCAGAAGUGACAACCAACCCCCCACUGUUGGAUUCUACCUUUACAAAUGAACUCUUAUCGCCAGAAGCUACAAAACCAUUGACUGUAAUACCUACAACUUCAGUGCACUCUACAUCUGCACUCAACAGACUACAGUCAAUAGUCACAAUAGUUUCAGCAGAUAAUAAUGUAAAAUUUACAACAUCCACAACAAUUCAGAAAACAUCCACAACAACACAGUCCCUCCCCAAUAUCACAACACCCCAUGUAACACUUACAACUACCAGACACUCCCCAUUUUUAUCAUCUUCAACAACUGGACAGACAUCUACAAUGGCCAGAGAAACAUCUUCUGUAGUGUCUUCCACACUUGAACAUCUAUCUUCUGCAACAUCUACAAUAGCACUAAAAUCCACAACAAUGCAGAAGUCAUCCACAACAACAGGGCAUUCGUCCACAACAACAGGGCAUUCGUCCACAACAACAGGGCAGUCGUCCACAACAACAGGGCAGUCGUCCACAACAGCAGGGCAGUCGUCCACAACAGCAGGGCAUUCGUCCACAACAGCAGGGCAGUCGUCCACAACAGCAGGGCAUUCGUCCACAACAACAGGGCAUUCGUCCACAACAGCAGGGCAGUCGUCCACAACAUCAGGGCAGUCGUUCACAACAGCAGGGCAUUCGUCCACAACAACAGGGCAGUCGUCCACAACAUCAGGGCAGUCGUCCACAACAACAGGGCAGUCGUCCACAACAUCCUCUACAACCAACCAAAUAUCUGUAACAUCCACAAUACACUCAACAGAAAUGUCAGCUGUUGUACAACCACAUAUAAUAAUAAUACCUGCUACCACUUCACAGCCACAAACGCCUCCUUCAACAGCCGUAGCAUCCAUACCAGACACUUAUAUCAACCAAGGUGCUCCUGUUCAUAUUGUUGUAGCUAGGCCACAGUUCCCCAAGAGUAAACGCGAGGAAGGCCCAUCUCCUGGCCCUUCCCUAGCAUUACUUGCCCCACCUAGUGUAACCAUAAUGCCCAACUUGCAACUCCCUGUACAGGUGACGCUGAAACAGUGUGAGAUGGGACUGGCAUGGGAUGCCAACUCCCAUACCUACCAACUUAACAAGAUGGCAGUUCUUACGGAUCGCAAAUUUGGUGAGUACAUGUACUCCCCACCCCUGAAAAAUAAUAAUAAUAAUGGGGAGAUCUGAGGAACUGGUUAUGUGUGUGCCACCAGUUGCUCCCCCAUCAUUCUGUUGGGAAAUAGACUGUACUGGAUAAUAUUACUUCAGACUUCUGUUAGAUAAUCUGAGAACUGAAGGCAAGCAAAUUCAUUUCUAAUAUGUUGGUCUUUCCCUUCAGGAUGUGGGCUGCGGCCUGGUUUUGUGCCCAAAUGCCCAAGCUGCUCUGAGGCUGAGUUGGGGGAAUUUCCCUGGGCUGUUGCUCUCAAGCUGCCCAUCCAGCAUUUCUGUGCUGGCUCCAUUCUCAACCCCUGGUGGAUUUUAACCUCAGCCAACUGUGCCAACCUUAUGUAAGUAUCCUGUUAUUCAGGUUGAUCUAGUUCAAGAUGGGUGCAUUGUCUUGGUCUCUCUCUCUCUCUCUCUCUCUCUCUGCAUUUUCAAUUUUACAGUACACCAUACACAUUUUACCUUAUACUAUUUUUUGCAGACUUCCCAACCUAGCCUUCAGUGACAUUAACAGAAUCUUAGUUUACUGCAUUUCCGUUGUUUUCUACACCUUAUUUUAAUUCUACCAAUUCCUUCGUUUUACUUUACUGUUGUUCAAACGGUUGCUUGCAGGCUAGUUGUAAUAUCAUUUCUUUUUAGAUACUCUCUGAAAUAUUCCCACUCAGCCCUUGUCCUCCCUUCAUCACAAUCCCUUAUUUUAGAAGCCAUGCUUGCUAAUUCUGCAAACUGUCAGUUUAUCGAACAAUUGCUCUUCUGUUGGAAUAGCUUUGUCUUUCCAAAUCUUUGCAUACAUAAUUCUUGUAGCAACCGUGGCAUAUAAAAAUAAGUUACACAUCUUUUUUGGUAGCUCCUCUCCUAUGAUGGCUAGCUGGAAGGCUUCGGGGUUUUUGGGGGGGGAGGUGAAUUUAAACAUUUUAAAAAAUUCUUCAUAGACCAUCUCCCAAUAUUUUAUGAUUGCUUGCAAGGCCACCACAUGUGUUCUAGGGAUCCUUCCUCCUCUGAGCAUAUCCAACAGAGUUUAGAGCCCCUUUUGUACAUUUUGAUGAGUUUUAUGGGCAUCAGGUACCACCUAUACACAAUUUUUAAUAUAUUCUCCUUCAUCUGAUAACAAGCUGUAAAAUUAAUUUUUCGGUGCCAUACAUGGCAUGGCAAUUGCAGAAGGGGGAAAAACAGAAUAUUAUAAAUAAAAUUGCAGUGGUAGACCAAAACUCUAAAGAUAUAAGGAAUGAAUUUCAAUGGUUUUACUCAAAACUGUACUUUUAUCUGCCCUGAAUCCUUCAACAUUCAGCUUCACUGGAUGUCUCAAAGUUCUAGUGUUAUGAAACACCAUCCACUUCCUCCAUAAUUUUAUACAUUUCUAUCAUGCCUCCUUUUACACAUCUUUUCUUUAAACUAAAAAGCCCCAAAUGUUGUAAGCUUUCCUGAUAGGAAAGUUGCUCCAUCUCCUUGAUCAUUUUGGUUGCCCAUUUCUGAACCUUUUUCAGCUCUACAAUAAAUACUCUUUUUGAGCUGUGGUGACCAGAACUGUACACAGUAUUCCAAAGGUAGUUGACUUGAAUAACUGCAUUAUGAUAACAGCAUUUUUAUUUUCAAGUGGAAUUUACCUUUCCACAGCUGCCACACAUCUUCAUCAAGCUAUCCGCUAUGACCCCUUGGUUUCGUUCCUGGUCAAUCACCACCACUUUGGAGCCCAUGAGCGUAUAAGUCAAAUGAAGUUGUUGUUGUUUGCCCAUGAAUACACUGAAUUGCAUUUGCCGUUUUACUGCCGUUCACUCUUACAAAAUAUGUUGCUGCCCCAAGCACCUGUUUGCUACCAGUAUUGCAUCCAUUUUAAAAUGCUCAAUUUUAUUGUAUUAUUAUUAUUAUUAUUAUUAUUAUUAUUAUUAUUAUUUUAUACUGCCCUUCAUCCUAGGAUCACAGGGUGGUUUACUAGCAUGCUAGAACAGUAUGCAUUUUUAUCCUUCUCAGUGAUUUCCAGACUUGUGCUGAGUUGCGCCUUAAAAAGUUACCCAGCCACCACACUGGAACAUGUGUUCAUCAUUCUGCGCCCACUGAAGUAGGAAGUCCUUAUGAAGUAGGAAGUCCUUAUGUAGCAUUAAUAACCUUCCCACCCCAAAUAUAUGUCAUUUGUUUUACAUGCUGUGCAGGUGUUAUGGGGCCACAGAAGCACAUUUUAUUUGAUUGCAUUUUGUAUAAAGUUCACAGUUCAUAUAAUAAAAGUUCAAAUAACAACAGUGUCUACAAUGGAGUGCUCGAUACCUGCUUCCGCAACAUGUUGUGUGUGGUUGCUGAAACUGUUAUGUUGCGACUGGAAGCGGGCUUAUACAGCAUCAAAACCAAAGUAUGGAUAAGAACCUUAUGCACUUGGCUAAGACUUAACAACUCGCCGGUUGGACUACUUUCCCUGAUGCUUCUUGACAAAUUCCAAUCUAGUUGGCUGAAGGGCAUUCUCAGAAAAUUGGCCACAUAUGGUCUCUCCCCAGAGUAUUUAUUAAGUUUAGAAAGGGGAAGGGCCAAGAAUAUAAUUAAAGAAAGACUCAGGGACAUUGAAGCCCAAAAUGACUUUAGUCAACUUCCGAUAACUCAUAAACUCCUAUUCGAUUCCCAAAGCCCCCAUUUAGCAAACUAUCUCAAAGUUCUACAUAAUGCUAAACACCGAUGGGCAUUUACCAGGGCCCGCUUUAACGCUCUCCCUUCAGCUCUUCUAGAGGGAAGAUACAACAAAAUACCGAUCGAACAAAGAUUAUGUCCCUGUAACAGCAACGAAAUUGAAACCAUCGGGCAUGUCAUCUUAUAUUGCCCAUUAUAUCGAGACUGAAGAAAAGAGCUGAUCAAGCCGAUUCUGAGGAAAAUACCUCGUAGUACAGACGACAUCUAUAUCAGACACCUCUUAGCUGACAAAGACCCCGAAAUCAACAGGCCUGUGGCGAAGUACUGUUACAUUGCAACAAGAAUAAGACGAGCAAUGAUGACAGCAACGGAGUUCAAAUUGCAAUACUCUUUUGGUACUGGAUUCUGGCUCCUGUAAUGUCAAAACCAAGUCAUCAGCAAAAGCUUUCAAUUUAUACUGUUUAGCAAACAUCCAAGGAACGAUAAUAAACAGUAGUGACAUUUGAAUUGAAUCCUUAAAACCUUAAAAGUCGAAACUUGGUCACAAACAUAAGUACCAAUUUUGUGAUUUGGCCAUCUCACCACUGUUAUCUGUAGUACAAUAGUACUUAUAUUGCCAUAUUUUAUUUUAUAAAUUGCUUGCUGGUCAUUGACCGUAUUAAAGAUAUUUGAACACUGUUAUGUUGCUGUAUCUCUGUUUCAGAAAAAAUUCAGAAGCUUUGGCCCUGGUGCAGGCUGGUCUAGUUGACAUCUCCAAGGCAACGUACUCAGUGCAGACCCGCCAGUCUCUGACACACCCAAACUGGUUGGAGCACAGGGACCUUCACAACCUGGGCCUUUUGCAACUGGAGGAGCCACUGGAAUUUGGUCCCUUUGUUGCACCUGUGUGUCUCUCAGACAAGGCAGAUACAAUAGGUGACUUCAGAAAUUGUUGGCUUCCAGGCUGGUCUGUGCUGGAAGGUAAGUGGUGCACUUGCUUUCUGCUUGUACACUUUGAUCUGAAUUGCACAGGGAGGGGCUCUCUUAAAUGACCUUGUUGGUUCUUCUAGUUUCUGUGAUUCUGUGAGCAAGAUUGCAUAUCAGUUAGCAGUUAGGGUCCCCAGAAAAGAUACCCAAGAGAGAUAAGUCUGUUUGGUUUUUUAUGCAUGAAAGGUAUAAUGCUAGUGUUACAUCACUCUUGCAGGCAGCCAAAGAGCUGGCUUGUUGUUUCAGAUAAGUCUGGGAACAUCAACCUUCCACAGUUCAUCUUCAUGGACACUCCUGUCCAUUGUCCACUCUCUGUCCUGUCCAUUGUCCACUCUCUAUCCCAAUAUUCCUUUUCUUUUGCCCUGGUCUGGACUCUUCUCCUUAUUCCUCUUGCCCACUUCAGCUUUCAGCCUUCCUGUUCCCAUCUGCUCACUUUCUUUAUCCUACUAUAGGGGUGGGGAACUUGCAGUACUCCAGUUGCUAAGGGACUCCAACUCCCACUGGCCUUAACCAACAUUGUCAAAGGUCAUGUAUGAUGGGAGCUGUAGUCUGGCAACAGCUGGAAGGCGAAAGGAUCCUCAUCUCUGUGCCCUGCCACAUCUUCUUGUGAUCCCUACUGGUGGUCAUCACUGAGGGCAUGGAGAUGGAUUUAUGCUGCCUAACUUGAGGGCAGAUGGUGCUACCCCCAUAUGUUCUCUCCUUGCUGUAGGAGGCCCUGCCGUGCUGCUGAGACAUCCCCUAGACAUCCUGGGCAUCACCAGCUGCGACCAGCUUGGAGAGCAGCCCUCCAACGCCAUAUUCUGUAUCAAGGCUCAAAUGGGCCCGGAAGGAGUCUGCACGGUGAGAGAGAGCUUGGGAGUAGAUCAUCAUUAUGACCCACCUCCACCGCUUUUUGACUCGGUGCUGAUAUCAGCUGGCUGUGGAUUAAAAAGUCAGUCUCCUCACCCAUUUGUUAAACUGAAGAGGUUAAAAGACAUAAUUCCUGCCUGGCACACAUAGCUAUUUCAGGGGUACAACAGCACCUAGAUAUUGCAUGUUCUCUGUCUCUCUCAUACUGCUUUCAUGGAUCCAGUAGAUGGGUAUUUACAAAUUAGCUUGUUUCAUGGUUUGCAUAGAGGCGGCAUGUCAAAACAGGAAAUGCCGCCUUGCCCUGCCACUGCUGCUACCAUAAAGGUAAAGGUAAAGGGACCCCUGACCAUUACGCCCCGCUGGAGCAGUACCUAUUUAUCUACUUGCACUUUGACGUGCUUUUGAACUGCUAGGUUGACAGGAGGGACCGAGCAACAGGAGCUCACCCCGUCGCGGGGAUUUGAACCGCCGACCUUCUGAUCGGCAAGUCCUAGGCCCUGUGGUUUAACCUACAGCGCCACCCGCAUCCCUUUCCUGCUGCCAAUUUUGGGUGAGAUAUCACUGAAAUUGCUCAAGAUUGUGCAUGCUCCACAAGGUCUUGCAAAAUUUCGGAUGCGAUUUCAGCCAAAAUUGGCACCAAACUAGCACCACUUCUGUGCCAACAGUGGGUCAGGUGGGGCACCUGCAGGGCUUGGGGGCUCCUGCUGUUUGAGGCAGCCACUGAGCCAGCUCUAGCACGAAGUGCCCCACAGAAAGCAGGUCAACUGCUGUUUGAAAGAGUGUAACGGUUGGGAAGUUUCUUUCAUUUUCAUUUUCUCUUCCUUCUCUUUUUUUUAAAAAUAAUAUUUAUUAAAAUUUCAAAAGAAAAAAAUCACAUUAAUAAGAAAAUUAACAAUAAAAUGGAAAAAUACAAAAUACAAAAAAGAAAAAACAGUUAAAAACAAUUCCAUCUUUUCAUCACUUCUUUUACAUUUACUUGUUUCCCGGACCUCCUCAUACCUCCCUCUUUUGUAUUCCAAUUCAAUAUGUUAAUCCAGCAAUUCCUUUCCCUCCUUUUUAAUCCUGAUCUUUAAUCUUGAUAAAUUAUAACAUUAAAUUUUUACAUAUUAAAAACCAAUUUUUCCAUAUUUUUUUAUACCAUUACCGCUAGAAACAGCUUAACUUCAAUCCGUCAUCAUUCUAACAUUCAUUAAUUUCAUUUUCUCUUCCUUCUCCCUCCUCCUAUCCAGGGUGAUGUGGGCUCUCCACUGAUCUGCCCUGACCCCCAGGGUGGGGCCUGGCUUCAGCUGGGGGUACUGAGCAGUUUUGAUGAAGCCUGCUCUCGCCCCUAUGUCUUCAGCAGUCUGCCCCACUACCUGCCCUGGCUGGAGAGGACCACAAAGGUUGCAGGGUAUCGUUACAAUCGCACAGUUCCUUGGAAACAUCUGAGGCCUACAAAAAAUCUUGAGCAGCUACAGAAACCAGAGAGUGAGUGAUAGCUUGGAAUUUCUCAUGUGACCUGUUUCAAAACACAUGUCCCUUCUCCCCCAGGUCACUGUGGCCUGUACAUAGGAUGGCACAAUGCCUUCCAGAGCACCCCUGACAGGAAUGGCAUUCCAUGUACAUUUCCUGCUGUUUAGAGUUAGCCUCCCUUGCUCUGCUAUUGUCCUCUCUCCCACCACACACUGACCCAGCCUUUUUGCCCUCUUCAGCCCUGGCUGCAUGGAUCUCAGCACAAUUGUCCUUGCCCUGGCAAGUGCUCAUCGCCACAUGUGAGAAUCAGAGCUGUGGGGGCUCAAUUCUGAACCGCUACUGGGUGUUGACUACAGCACAGUGUGUUCAACAGACGUAAGUGAUGCUCCCAUUCUCCUGGCCUCCCUCAGAAUCAGUGUCAAAAGGGAGAAGCAAGGCGGGCCAACUUGGACCCACAGGCUACAGGUUCUCUAGCCCUGUGUUAGAAGAUCAGAGCCCAUGCCCUCUGGGGAACUCUAGUUCAUUAUCAAUACAGUGGUACCUCGGGUUAAGAACUUAAUUCAUUCUGGAGGUCUGUUCUUAACCUGAAACUGUUCUUAACCUGAAGCACCACUUUAGCUAAUGGGGCCUCCCACUGCCGCUGUGCCACCGCUGCACGAUUUCUGUCCUCAUCCUGAAGCAAAGUUCUUAACCCAAGGUAAUAUUUCUGGGCUAGCGGAGUCUGUAACCUGAAGCGCAUGUAACCUGAAGCAUCUGUAACCCGAGGUACCACUGUAUUCACCCAUUCCGUGCUACAUGGGAGGGUAGGGAGACAUUUCAUUACAGGGUGAAUGUGAAAGAGGCACACCUAUUUUGUUCACCUAGGCUGUAGGACAUGGGUAGGCAAACUAAGGCCCGGGGGCCAGAUCCAGCCCAAUCGCCUUCUAAAUCCGGCCUGCGGAUGGUCCAGGAAUCAGUGUGUUUUUACAUUAGAAUGUGUCCUUUUAUUUAAAAUGCAUCUCUGGGUUAUUUGUGGGGCAUAGGAAUUUGUUCAUUAUUUUUUUCCAAAAUAUAGUCCAGCUCCCCACAAGGUCUGAGGGACAGUGGACUGGCCCCCUGCUGAAAAAGUUUGCUGACCCCUGCUGUAGGAUAUAGCUGCUCAGAGGGCAUACAGGAAAGGGAGAUGGCUGUACUUCGCAGCAUCACCAAUGAGCUCAGAUAAUAUGAACAGAAGCAAGAAAAAGGCCCAGAUUAAUUUUAACAUGGGUCAACAUCAGGUUUACCAUAGUUUAUGGAGGACUUGUUACUUUGAAUAAACUAUGUAAACAUAGCUGAGCCUGCUGCCUGCCCUGUCCCAUCAUUAUAGGUCCUAAAGGUAAAAGUAAAGGGACUCCUGACCAUUAGGUCCAGUCGUGGCCGACUCUGUGGUUGCAGCGCUCAUCUCACUUUAUUGGCUGAGGGAGCCGGCGUACAGCUUCCGGGUCAUGUGGCCAGCAUGACAAAGCCGAUUCUGGCAAACCGGGGCAGCGCACGGAAACACCGUUUACCUUCCCGCCGGAGUGGUACCUAUUUAUCUACUUGCACUUGACGUGCUUUCAAACUGCUAGGUUAGCAGGAGCUAGGACUGAGCAACGGGAGCUCACCCCGUCAUUGCGGGGAUUUGAACCGCCGACCUUAUGGGUCCUACCAAGAGCAAAAAAAAUGAAGAACAAGAGACUAUUCCCUGUUAGUGAUGGCUAGUGCCCAUUUGGGACUGGUAGGGUGGAAAGCAGGGAGGCCACAAUGGAGUUGGAGUCAAUAACAGCCAGCGCCCACUGAUUCUAGUUUUGUCCCCAUCCUGCUCCCUGCGGAGUUCUGCAAGGGCAACACAGAGACUGAGGAGGAGGAAAAAGCAGACGGCCAGUGCCAUCACCUGAACUGGUUGUAGCUAAGAAGGCAGGUGGGUAGGGGCUUAGGGCAGACUGAGGUUGGUGGAGCAGUGCCCCAUUUGCCUUAAUGGACUAGCCUACACUAUUCCCUUUGCCUUGUUGCUUUUCCUUUGACCCAAAACAGAGUUAUUCCAGGCCCCUCUUUACUGUUUGCAGGGACCCAGCAAACAUAGCUGUCUUUGUGAGGCUGACACACCCCAAGGGCCACGCCAGAGGCAUCCAUGUUGCUGCAAUUUACCCUUAUGAGGAGACAGCACAGCACAGUCUCUCUGGCAGCUACAACGUGGCUCUGCUGCUCCUCCAGAAGCCCAUCGCCUUUGACCAACAUGUGGCUGCUAUGGCAUACUUCCCAAAGGAGCCCUGGGAUAGCUGCAAAGUGAUGGGUCUACAAAUGAUGCCAUCUGGUAUGCCAGGAGACUGACUGGGAGUGGGGUGGAGGGAGGGGGAGAGGAGAGAGGGACCUUGCUAUUGUAUAGGGCUGUAUGCUCCAAGACUAUUUCAAACAGUCUCUGUUCCUUAACAUCAAAUAUCCCUUAGUACAUUCAUUUGGAAGCCCUGUAACGAUGCAUCAAGAUUUGUGCAGGCAGCCAAUGGAGCUUAACCUGGCUUUUGCCCCCAACUACUCUGUGUGCGUGCGCGCGCGUUUGCUUACACACACACACACACACACACACACACACACACACACAGCUUGUGUGUGAACUGUAAGGAUCAGCUGUGCUGAGUGGAAGUAGACAGUCCUUGAAGACACACCCACCAGGGACACAUCUACUCUCCAAAUCUAUAUUCCAUCAAUCUUUAUGCAAUGGCCAUGGCUGCCUGCAAAGAAUCCUGAGCAUUGUAGUUUGGCAAGGGUGCUGAGACUUCUCAGCGAUCCCUCAUAGAGCAAAAAAUCCCCAGGGUUAUCUGAGGAGAAGGAACGGCUAUUAAAUUAGUGCAAGUGUAUCAGAAAGAUGUUGAGAGGAACUCUUGACUGUCGCUGCCUCACGGCCCCUCUUGUGUCUCCCUAGUAACAUUUGUUAAAUGACAUGUUACAUGCCAUCAUCAUGCACAUCCUUCCUUGCAAACAUCAUCCAAUGAAGUACAGUGAAAAAACACUGAAAGCAAUGAUGACAUAUCUCAUGUCUUUUGUAGUUAAAUGUUACCUGGCAGGAGGGGACCAUAUGUCUGUGGUAAUGUGUCCCUCGCAAUUAGGCCCCACGUUUAUAGUGUAGAUAUGAUGAAAGCAUAUGGCUAAAAGCGUAGGGACGUGGUGGAUUUUUCAGUGGUGCUAAACUAGAUUAUUAUUGUGGUGAUGGAAGCAGAGGUGGGGUGAGGGCACAAUUCCUGAGACAAAUUAGUUCAGGAUAAAAUGGUGUGAUUCAAUGGACAAAUGUAGAGUCCGGGGAUCUGGGAGUCAAGGCUGGAUUCUGACAGGGUGGAGCUUGGGGCAGUAUGCCAUAGGAUGGAGGAAGGAUUCUGGAAGUUUUCUUUCCCAAAAGUGGGAAGUGAAUUGGAAGCAGUUUGCUGGCUAAUCACCCAUCUUUUGACAGGUGAAAUUGGGGCUGACUCCAGCGCAUACCAAGUCAAGGUGCUGAUGCCCUCAGACUGUGCCAAGGAACAUCCUGGGGUCAAUCCAGGCAUGUACUGUGUUGUAAGAAAUAGCUCUAGCUACCUGCCUGGUGCUGCUGUGAGUAUCUCUCCAAACAGCCUCCAACCAACCACUCAUAUUCACACCUUGUGAUAGGCCAUUCUUGCUUCAUUCUUUUCUUCUUCUUCUCCCAGGUAGGUGAGGGUGCAGCCCUGCUGUGCCACUUGGAGGCCAAGAGCAUGACAUGGAGCCAGGUUGGCUUGAUGAGUGAGCCCUUUCCGGGAUCCCAGAUGGUUGUUCUGUCCUCCAGCAUCACCUCCUAUGUGGACUGGAUAGAAAAAACGUCCAGACAAGCCAAGCACCAAUUAUUCCUGCCCCGUGGGAGAGCAGCAGCCUGUGGACCAAGUAACUGGAUGCUCCUCCUGAUCCUCUCAUUGUUUAGGGAGGCAGAGUUAGGCUGAACACACAUAUCAGUGUGUUCUCAUUCCUAUUGAAGGUGCUGCGUUGGACGGUUCAGCUUCUGCAGUCGAUUACCGGGUGCAUGACUUUCCGUGCUGGAAGUGGCCCCGCUCUCCUCAUCUCUGCAGGCACCAUGGGAUAUCCAAAACAAAUCACCAGGUGAAGGGCAGUUGCUACAGUUGCCUCCAGCAGUGGUCUAUCAAGUCUCAGCUGGGAUGGCCCAGAUGCGCACCUUUCCGGACAAUGCCAUCAACUAGAGGCCUGUCCCUGGGAGUGAGAGUCUAGCAACAAGUCUUGAGGCUACUGUGGACUUCUGCGCCAGCUAUUGCUUCAGUAAAGGAACAAGCAACAAAAAUGAGAUGGAGAUAUUUCAAGAAUAUGUAAGGCAUCGUCCUAAGGACUUUAAGGGAGAAAGAUAGAAAAACCAUGGUAGACGUUCUGGAGAAUUUUCCAUACAAUACAUAGUCGACCCUCCAGAUAACUUCUGAUUUGUACAGUCUUCCAUUACUUCUCCCAAGCAUGGUAUUUGCAUAGAAUAUGUGUCUGCAAUUGGGAAGUAUAGCUGAUAUCAGCACUUGGACUAUAAUCUUAUACCGUAAUUAAAACUACGAAUCAAUAAAAAAAAUGCUCUCAAAUACAUUGUAGAGUUCAAGUCGGUACAAGGCCAAUAUUGGGCCUAGCACUGAAACUUCAAGCCCUUCUUUUCCUUGUUGGUGGCAAGGAAAAAAUACGGAGGUGGGGUGUGUGUAUGUACACACUUUCCAGAUGCCAUUAUCCAGGUUUUAGGCAAGCAUUCUUUGGUGAGAAACCCCAGCAGAGAUUUACAACCACAAAACAUGCAGCAAAGUAAAGCAUUGAAAUAUAGGCUCUUAGACCUUUAAAAUAUGUCCUUGUGAGUUCCAAAAUAGUCCCCUCUUUCCUUAGCAUAGAAAAAGACCACAUGUUUGGUAAGUUAAAAAUGAUUUGCUUGCAAACUCUUCAAAGGUUGGAUUCAUGCACUUUCCCUUAUGGCAUUCAGAAAAUGUUACACAGGCAGUAAAACUUGGUUUUGUUAUAAAGUGAUGAAAGUUCCUAAAUUAUUGGUAUAGGAACAUAAGAGUGGCUUGUUAUUGCCAUGCGGUCUGAGCUUAGAGCAACCGGCUCAGACCUCUUUACAUGCUUAGCUUCGCUGGUAGACUGAGGUACAACAAUAGGCUUGUUUACCCUCCUCCCAAGGAGAGUGGGAGUGCCCUAGCUAAGCCUGGCAGACAGUUUACUCUAUGGCAUUUAACCCCUUCAUGCAUUACUUAGACUUAAGCAUGUUGGCUAUAUGAGGCUGGUUAUCCCACAUUUUUCAUCCAAAGCCCCUCCCCCUUUUCUGGCAGAAACUUCACAGAGGCAUGCAAUAAGCUGUGAGGAAGUGUGUUUGGGGUGUGUGUUUGGGGUUUGGAAGCAAAUAUCUAUAUGUCUGUACCUGGAACAUGGCUUGUUGCUUCCAUGGUCUGUAUAUCAGCUGGCAGUCUUUUGUGGGCUAGAUUUGGCUUGGGGGCUGUCAGUUGCUGACCAUUGCCUUAAAGCCAGGGCAGGGACAGGGGGGAACCAAAGGACACUGGAAAAUGUGGCAGGAUCACUUGCAGGGUCAGAGAAGGAGUGGUGGUGCAUGUAGGUUUAGAGCAAGGGAAACAGCAAAGCAGACAAUUACUGCAGACAUGGAGGGAGGGGGAAGGAAUACCUGGCAUUCCACAGCCAAGGCCCUUGGGGCUGGAAUCUGUGAUUUACCUUCUUCCCCUCUGAACUGCCAUGUAAUUUUGAGUUCUUUUCCCUCCUCCACACCUUGCCUACUUCCAGCUUUUAUGUCCUGCCCUUCAAGCUGUUCUUGGUCACUUGCAGGCAGCCUACUUAUUGAACAUUCAUUAUUAUUCAUUUGCACAAAGGUUCUGGGGACCUCCUAUGAUGGCAGCUAUUUACUGAGCAUUCAUUCUGAUUUGUUUGCAGGGAAUCCAUACAAUUGUUCAAGUCCACACCAUAAAUUUAAAGCUCUGUUAGACCACUUGAAGAACCAUGACUUCCUGCAAAGAAUCCUGGGCACUGUAGUUCGUUAAGGGUGCUGAAAACCCUACUCACAUCACAGAGCUACAAUUCCCAAAGUGGUUUAACAGCUCUGUGAGGGGACAAGGGGUCUCCUAACAACUCUCAGCACCCUUAACAAACUACAGUUCCCAGUAUUCUUUGAGAGAAGCCAUGGCUCUUAAAGUGGUAAGGUAAAGGAACCCCUGACCAUUAGGUCCAGUCGUGGCCGACUCUGGGGUUGCGGCGCUCAUCUCGCUUUAUUGGCCGAGGGAGCCGGCGUACAGCUUCCGGGUCAUGUGGCCAGCAUGACUAAGCCACUUCUGGCGAACCAGAACAGCGCACGGAAACGCCGUUUACCUUCCUGCCGGAGCGGUACCUAUUUAUCUAUUUGCACUUUGACAUGCUUUCGAACUGCUAGGUUGGCAGGAGCAGGGACUGAGCAACGGGAGCUCACCCCGUCGCGCGGAUUCAAACCGCCAACCUUCUGAUCGGCAAGUCCUAGGCUCUGUGGUUUAACCCACAGCGCCACCCGUAUCCCCUUAAAGUGGUAUAAUGAUGCAUAAAAUGUAUGUUGUGAAUGUCACCAUUAAGCAAUUGUUACCCCACAUUUCCCAGUGUAUUUCCCUGCUACUCUCAUUAUUUCUUAUUUUUUAAGCCUCAGCACCAAAUCCAUCUUAACUGCAUGGCCUGAAUUUCCCAGUAUGCAGCUGAUUCCCACUUGCAAAAUUAUCAGCCGUCUGGAAGUGCCCUGUUCUCACAGACACCCUCAUCUUCUGCUUUCCACUUUAUGCAGGAGCCAAAAACAUGUACCAAGUUCUUCUCAGGAAAGGUGCAAAAUAGUGUCUUCUGCAUACAUUAGGCAUAGCUACCAUAUUUGGAGUGUGCAAGUGACAGAAUCCAGGAGUUCUGAUUCUCAGUCCUGGCCUCUGCCCUAACUCCACCAGAUGCACUGUGUCAAGAGUUGCCUUCACAGUAUAAUUAACUGGGUGAUCCAGCCAGACGUUACAGACAAAAGUCACAUCCACACCAAACAUUUAAAGCACAUGUCUAUCCCUGAAGAAUUUAUCCCCAACACCCUUAACAAACUACAUUUCCCAAGAUUCUUUGAAGGAAACCAUGUGCUUUAUAUAUACUCUAAGUAUAGAUAUAGCUGAGAGAGAAUCUAUAAAAUCUCAUCAGGGACCUUCUACAUUUACAGGUUUUCAACUUCACCUCUAUUCUCUUCCAGCCCACAGUCUUGGGAUAGUGAGGAAACCUUAAGUGUAGAUCUGUAUUUGGCCCACAUAACGGUUAGCCUGAACGCAAUGUAGACAAGGUCUAGAAGUCUCUUUCUGGCUUUUCCAAUAACAGGCUCAACUCCCUUGCAAAUUUACCUGCAAGGGUCGAAAGUGAAGCUUGGAGAGUGCUUCUAUGAAGGGCGAGAAUGGAUGCCCAAGUUGUUUUUCUCUCUGGGAUUUGCCUCUGUUGUGGAUUGCAAUAGAUUUCCUGGCCCAAAGAAUUUGACCUGGGACCUAAACUCCUCUAGGGGGUGUGUAGGUUCCCCCCAUUCCUUGGCUGGUUUUUCAGGUCCCAUCUGCCUCCGCCCAGUUUGCGCUUCAGAGAGUGUUGCUAGGCACCCCCAUCCCCAUGGAACUCCUUCCGCCGGCACCUGCUGGCAAUGGGAAUAAUCAAACCCUCCUCCCCUAAUCAGGCUCAUUUCUCUCUCAUCUCUAUCAACACAUCCUCUUCCCUCUCCCUUUAGUAAUGCCCUCCCCUGCAGCCCCCUUCCAUGAGGUUGGGGGGGGGGAUGACCAGGAACCGUGGGAACCAUUCCUGCUGUGUGUGGCAUGCACACAGGAUGGGGAGGGGGACGGGAAUAGCUCAUGCUUGGGCAGCAAUUCGUAACAAUAAGGCUGUAGCGUGAAAAGAGGCAUUUGCACUAGUCUGGGAAAUCUGGGCAUGGGGUGGGGGAGGGGAACUCUUUAGCACAGGGAAGGGAAUUGGAUUUCCCCAACUCUGUGCAGUACUGUUUUUCCAUUUUUAUUUUUGAAGGGCAACCUUAUAAGUGAGCAUGUUCCCAUCUUUCUUUGCCUUUCCCACCUGCUCUGAUUCUGUUUUUUUACAUUUGUGGUUGAAAUAGAAGGAGGCUUAAGCAGAAGGAAGGAAGGUAGUGAGAAUGGUCAUUCAGAAGCCCAAUGUACACAAGACAUUUGAAACCCUUCCAAAUAUACAAUGCACAACUAUAAUCACUCACAAAUAUUAUCUUCUGGCGUGAUAUUUUCUUAAUACAAGAAGGGUGUUGGCUUCCUGUGCCUUUGAACAGAGCAUUUAUUUUCCUUCUCAAGGUCAGUUUAUACUGAGCCUUCCUGGGGAGAAGGUCGUAUGAAGAACAUCGGAAGCUGCUUUAGACUGAGUCAGACCUCUGGUCCAUAUCGCUCAGUAUUGUUUUGCGGUGACUGGCAUCAGAUUUCCAGGAUCUCAAAUCAGUCUUUCCCAGACCUGCUGCUGGAGAUGCCAGGAAUUGAAUCUGUGUUCCAGCACUGAUCUACAGAGUCUCUCAAAAAAUGAAUCUGUUAUAUAUAUACUAGGACUGUUUAUCCAUCAAUCCCAGUAUUGCUUGCUUCCUCUGACUGGAAGCAGCACUCCAGGUCUCAGGCAGAAAGUGGUCUUUCCUAUCAUCUGAAUAAUUUUAACUAGAGAUUAAAGUUGGGACCAGUGUGCUCUGCCACUGAAUUAUGGCUCUUCCCUAUUAAUUAAUUAAAUUUAUAUACCACAUUUCAUCCAAAUUUAAUUACCACACUUUAUCCAAAGAUUACAGGGCAGUUUACAACAUAAAAACACAAAAUGCUAACAACAACUACAAUAUAACCCCACCCCACAAAUAUUUAAAAGGCCAAAGACUGCUUAACGGCCAAAGACCUGGUUGAAGAAUGUUUUCCCUAUGCAGCCUUUAGGUGUUUCCCACAGGGCAAGGAACCUGCUGACUACAGUGGUACCUCGGGUUAAGUACUUAAUUCGUUCCGGAGGUCUGUACUUAACAUGAAACUGUUCUUAACCUGAAACACCACUUUAGCUAAUGGGGCCUGUUGCUGCUGCCGCACCGCCGGAGCACGAUUUCUGUUCUCAUCCUGAAGCAAAGUUCUUAACCUGAAGCACUAUUUCUGGGUUAGUGGAGUCUGUAACCUGAAGCGUAUGUAACCUGAAGUGUAUGUAACCCGAGGUACCACUGUAUUUCUGAUUCUGUAGGCGUUGUAACAGUAUUCUGAUAGAUGGCCAACCACGCCUUCCCCACCCCCCAGGCCGCCACCAGGUCAUUUUGUAAAAAUUAAAGGAUUCUGUGGAUUCACAUGGGCUGGAAGGUUGCACCCAAACUGAAGAACUACAUGACUCAUAUUGGUCAAUCAAUUCAAUCUAGAAGGCUCAUGUUCAUGGGCACUAUCUGGUACCCAAUAAAUCAGUACUCUCUAAGUAUUAGCUCAAUAAAAUAUUAUUACAUGUCAAUGUGAUGUACAAUGUUUAAAUUAUGCAUCCUCAUCAAUAGGCUAAUGAAAUGAACAAGCUGCUAGGCCUCCCUUUUGCAUUGUCCUAGACCAAGGUUCACAAUGACACACUUUGUGAAAAUAUAAUGGGAAUCUGUGGCCCUCGAUGUUGUCAGAGUGAGACGCCAUCUCCCAUCAGCCUCAGACAGGUAAUAAUCAGAGGUGGUGGAAGUGAUGGUUCACCAACAUCUGGGGGGGGGGGCACCAGUUCCCCAUCCCUGCACAACACAAGACCAUAUUUGGUAUAAAUCAUGUGCGCUGUGUUUCUUUUACAGUUCACUGACUCAUGUUUUUUACAUAGUUUUGUAGUGCCUGUGGUUGACUAUAUUUACAGGCCUUUGCCUUUGGGGGUCUUUCCUUUAGAGUUCAAUGUUUCUCCUGUACUGUAGCAAAGGAAAAGAUGCAACUGCCUCACCAGAGAUGACCCUGGAGGCAUCAUUAGAGCAAACUUUCAGGGCUGGAUCUUGGGCUUGCUAUGCCUUGUAUGUAAGAUGUGGUCCAAAGCUCAGGAAAGCAACCUCAGAACAGUGGUAUGUUUGGGCCACACGAAAUGGUCUUACAGGACAGUCAAACAUUGGGCAAUAAAGUAUAUUAUUUCGCUAACUUCAAAAUGCGGUGAGUCAGCCCUGCGGCGCGCUGGGGGCUCAGACUGCUGUCCUUUUCUGACAGCCCUCCUUUCUCAAAACCCACUGGAUCAUAAAGAGUAGAGAUGCAUCAGGGAGGGGGGGGAGGUUGGAGAAAGAGACUUUCUUCCAUUCUGCGCCCUUUGAAGGAGGCAAGAGAUGUGCCGCGCUGCUCCUGUGAGCUGCACUCCUGGAAGCUACAUCCUGGGCUCUGUUGUGCAAGAGCUGCCCCAUCCCGUCUCCGCUGGAUGCCAAAGUAAGCCUGGCGCCAUCCUGUCUUUUAAGAGGAGCUCGAUCAGGUGGGUCGCCCGGUGCGAAGGGUGCGCUGGUGGGAAAGAGCUGGAUUCUGGAGGGGGGCGGCCUGCCCACCUGUCAAGGCGUCUUUCUCGCCUCUCCUCCUCCAGCCGGAUCUGCCCCGGGCUCCUUCCAGCACCUCGCACCCCGCCUUCUCCGGCUCCGCUGCCAGGGACCCCCCUCUCCUGGCCUCCUGCAGGUGCCGCCCUCCUCCUCGCUGGGGAGAGGCCAAAGGUGCGGCUGGCAGGAUGCAAACCGCUCCCGAGGAGCGCGCCCCGGAGCCUCCUGGGCCCGCCUGGCACGAGAGGGGGUUGAUGUGACACACAAUCCUGGCGCAGGUAAAAGGCCUCUCUCAGCUCCUCCGGACUCCGGACUUUGCUCCUGGAGCCGGAUUCCCUCUCUCUCCCCACCACCACCCAAAGGCUAUGGGGCAGAUUUGGAGGAGCGCCCCAUAGAAGGCAAGGAGGCAUCAAAGACACGGGCGCAGGGCUGAGACCCCCAGCUGGGGAAGGUCUUCCCCAUCCCCCGCCCAUCUGCUCGGAGUCCCUCCUGCUCGGGGAAGGAGGGGGCGCCACGCCGCCCGCCCGCCCGCCCUCCUCGGGAGCGCUUUCCUCCUCUUCUGCUCCGGGAGCAGCGAAGGGGUUAAGGCGUCCCGCCCGUCUCGGGAGAGGCGGCUCUGCCGCUCGGGCUCCGGGAGGCAGAGCAGGAACUUGCACGCCGCUUAGCGCGGUGGCUUUGCCCGGCGGGGCGACGUGCAGCCGCUUCCCUUUCCCUCCGCAGAGUGACAAAAGCCAGGACCCGGCGGCUGGGGAGGCGGCGGACAGCGAUGCGCCUCUUCCCUUCGCGGCGAGCGGCUCCCCUCCGGAGGAACAGCACCCCCGAGAAAGUUUCGUGCGCGCCGGCCAGGGGAAGCGCCCGCGGGCUCUGAGCCGCCGCGUUGGUCGGGAACCGGGAGCAGCGCGGGCGAGGGGCGGUGAGUGGCCUCUGCGCCUUGCCUCGCCGGAGACUCCGCAGCCCUGGCCACCAUCCUGGCCCUGUUCCUUCGCCCCAGUGCUUCCCAGUGUUCCCAGGAACACCUCACCAACCUCCACUGCAAUCCUCGCUUGCAACCUUCCUCCUCUCCACUCCUGUUAUUUAUUUUUCCUCUAAAGCGGGGAGGGGCGCACACACUUUGCGCCGCUUCUACUUCGCUUCUCGCUUUGGCUCUGCGCGCGUUUACCCCAAAGACGUUCCGCGGGCGCUUGAGUCGGACUCGCUCCCGGGAAAGCGCGCGCUGGGGUUGCAGCUUUGGUCCGAGAUGCAGCCGCUUUGGGGGUGAGGGCCAGGCAGCAAAUAACGGGAGGCUUCUGUCCGGUUCAAAACAAAACCGUGGCGGAUCUGGGCUCGGGGGGCGCGGACCUGAGUCUGGCACCCGAAGGGGACACGGAGUGCUUGCGCGUCGAGGGAGAGAGCGAGAGAUGUGGCCCAACAGGCAAAGCACGGGCCCCCGAUGUAGGGGGGUGAGCCCAGCCCCUCUGGCUCCUGGGGCCAUUUGGGACUCCAUGUCCCAGCAUGCCCUGCUUCGCUUAGCUGCACCUGGCUCAGGUAUGGAAGCGACAGGUUGCAGCACGUCGGCGGAACUAGGGACAGGACGGGGCAGCGCCGCGGCGCACGCGGGCAGGGAGAGCCGAAGGGACGGGACUGGCAGGCGGAUCAAAGCGCCCAGCCCGAGCCCCGCUGGCACGGAGUGGGAGCUGCGUGUGCUGGCGGGGCGCGCGGAGGGGGUGCUGCUGGCAUUGUCCCCUGGCACCUGUUCUGUGGCAUGGGGAAGAUUAUAGCCCGGCUGGGGCUCGGGGAGGGAUUGCUGCCGUUCCUGCCCCCUUGUGCUGAGAGUGAUGGCGUCAGGAGGCCGCCGCAACAUCGGUGCCCUCUCCAGAAUGAAGGGGGCCGGCCCAAGGCGAAGGGCUCCGGGCGGGGCGCCGGCAGGGGGCGCCAUUUCCCGGGGUCCAGGAGCGGUCCAAUGAGGUAGAGGGUUUUUUUGGGGGGGUGCGGUGGGCUGGGAGCCAGCCCCCAUUUGGGGACUCCCAGCCCGCGCCCCCCAACUUCAAAGUGCCGCUGGCCUGAGGGCAGGAGGGGAGAGCAAGAAUGGCGAGGGGGGAGCGCGCAGAGGGAGAGCGAGCCUUUGAAGUGCCCCGGAGCCGCGGCCCCGCUCGGGUUACAGCGCCUUGGCCGGGCGCCGGGUGGGCCGGGCGAGGCAGCGCCUUUGAUCUGGCGCCCUCGGACGCAGCGCCCUCUAGGCCUCUCCCCGCCGAGCGCCCAGGGGCGCGCGCCUAUCCCUCGCCCGCGCCCCUCGCCAGGUGCCCCGGAGCCCGGCAGAAGGAGGGCGCGCCUCCAGGGGUCUCUCUCUCUCUCUCUCUUCCCGCCCCAGGUGUCCCGAGGACUCCCUCGGCCAUGGCGCCCUGGGCACCCCUGCUGCUGCUGCUGCUGCUGCUGCUCCGCUGCUGCUCCUGCCUGGGCCAGAGCAGCCGCGCCGGCGCCCCCCGGGUCUACCUAACCUACAAAGGUAAGACGAAGAGGGCGGCUCAGCGGGACUCAGGUGAGGCCCAGGGCUGGGGGCGGAGGAGGACAAGGCCGCGUGGGCGUCGCCUUCCAGGUGGGCACAGAAGGGAAGCGGGAGGUGUGGCACCACCGGGCAGUGCCGGCGCCGGGCUAUUUUGCCCCCUGGGCAAGGCUAAGUACCCGGCACCCCGCCUCCCAAAUUGCUAACUUCACUCUUCAGAAACACAUGUCUUGUAGACAUAAGAUUCUUCAAAAUAGAAAAGUAAAACAUUAUCAGGAAUUUAUAAGAUGUAACCAAAACUAAUCUGUAUCAAAUCGUGCCCCUCAGAGGUCUGCCCCUGAGGCAGCUGCCUAGUUGGUCUAAUGGCAGUGCCGGCUCUGGUCCUGGGGCAACUCUGGGAAGGGGCGCUGCUUAGAACUGAGAACUCUUAUGGAGGGACGUGUGAUUUUCAUUGCGUUGUAUCCAGUGUUAGUCCUGCUCAGAGUAGACCUGCUGAAAUUGAUGGACAUUACUAACUUGGGUCCAUUCAUUUCAAUGGGUCUACUUUGAGUAGAACUUAGUUGGCUACAGCCCAUUGCAUUUAUUUUUUAUUUUAUUGAUAUCCUGUCUCGAGGUUCAAGGCAAUGCAUUGCACACAGUUCUGGUUCCCCUCCUUUUUACCCUCUCAACAACCCUGUGAGGUAGGGUUAGGUGAACAGGUAUGACUAGACAACCAGUGAACUUCGCAGCUGAGCAGAGAUUUUAAUCAAUCUCUCCUUAGUCCAACACUAACCAUUACACAACACUGUCUUUCCAUACUAAAAUGUGUAUGUUUGCUUCUGUCAGCCAACCUAAUACGGGGUUCUCAUGGCAGCAGGCAGUACCAAAAGAUCAGAAUAGUUAGGGCUGUCAGCUGGUGAAAGAAACCGGUAAGCUGAUUAAGCCAUGCAAGAUUUUUAAUCAAUUGAGCAACUGACUGUAUCUGCAUUGGUUUGCAUAUGAAUAAAACUACAGUUCUGAGGCAGGAGUGUAGCAUUCUUAAUGGGUGCAUGUGGGUGUCCCACAGAAGGUGCCCACCCCAGAAGAGGCAUUCCCUCCUUGGGAGAAAGUUGGAAGGGGGUGAUUCCUCUCAUCUGAAUGUGCUUGCUGCCUGUGAAUUCAAAAAUAUGUGCAUGGGUAAAAGCUAGUGAAUUAUUUUAAAUCUGCUGCCCUGUAAUAUCUACAAGAUUUUGAAUUGCUCUGUCUCACUGAUUGGCUAAACCUUUCAGCCCUACUAAUAAUAAUAGUGCAUUAUUACUGUGCAGGAGCCUGGUCAUAGCUGUCAACUUUUCCCUUUUCUUGCAAGGAGUCCUAUUCGGAAUAAGGGAAUUUCCCUUUAAAAAAGGGAAACGUUGACAGCUAUGAGCCUGGUGGAGGGGGUGUUUGGGGAGAGAGAUCUUUCACUCCUUGAAUUUGCACUUGAGUUCAUCUUGAGGAUCUCCACAUGUGGUUUUCUCUAUAAUGUUCACUUGUUGUGUUUGUACUCCAAGAUCCGUGGAAUUGUUUGAAGUCAUAGCCAUUCAUUGAGGAGGAGCAGACUGUGUGUUGAUCAGUCAGAGGGCAGGUUGUAUGUGAGUAAGCAGUGACAUGAAAGGAAAGAAGAAAAACAGGGGCAGAUUCACAGGUGCUUGUGGCAGUGGUAGGCAAGGGCUUUGGGUUGUGUGUGUAAAAUGUAGGCAAUCAUUUCACAACUCUAGCAUGAUGCAGGGCCACUUGGGCUAGAGAGAUAUACAAUUGGCUCUAAAACUUCCUACAUGAUGUUGGGCCAGUCACUAUCUCUGAUCCUAACCCACCUCACAGGGAGACCGUGAGGAUAAAGUGGGAUAAUCCCCAUGUGUGCUGCCGUGAGCUGCUCAAACAAAGGUGGACUAUAAAUGUUGAUAUCUGCCCGUGUGCAAGUGGAGGAGGACAUGAAGAUGCCCUUUUUGCAUGCGGAUGAGGCCCGUAAAGAACAAUGCCACAUUUCUCAUCUCGAAAGUUGGUUGACGCAAGGAAGCAUGGAUGUUCCUUUUUGAGAACCACAGAACCCACAGUAAGGUGUUCUAGAGCAGGCAUGUCCAACAGGUAGAUCGUGAUCUACUGGUAGAUGGUGGGGUGUACCUGGUAGAUCCUGGUAGAUCUUUGGCCCCUCAGUGAUCUCCUCCCCCCCCCCGAAAAAGGGGGGGAAACAACAGUGGCUCAAUAACUUUGCCUUUCCCAAAAAAACUCAACAACUUUGGUCCAUCCAAUGACAGGGAUGGGUAGAUCGCUGCCAGUUUUUCUAUAUACCGUACUGUGAGUAGAUUGCAGUCUAUUGGGAGUUGGACAUUCCUGUUCUAGAAAAUAGGUACCCCUUUCUACCUAUGUUUAUGCAUGUGCAGUGGGUCCCUCCAUGGGGCAACAGGAAAAGGUCUCCUGUCAGAUCAGGAAAUUUGUUUGUUGGUAUCUGACCAUCGGCCUGGAUUUUUUUGGCUUGGAAUUCUGGCAACAGCAGCCAACCAGAAUCCUCAGAGAGAUUUGCAAGCACAGUCUGAUGCCCAUGUCCAUCCCUCAUUGUUAAGCCUUCUGAUGUGGUAGGCAGAGAGAUGCUGUUUUCCUUUAUGGUGGCUGCGUUUUUGGCUAUUAUGCCUAGAAGCCACCAGCGAAGUCUGUUUUCCUUACAUUCAUCUAAUUGUGAUUUUUUUAAAAAAUGCUUUUGCUCAUUGUAGCAGCCGCACCACCAUAUGGCAAUAAGUUCCAUAGGCACCACAUAAUCAUGCAGCCUUAUUCUGGCAGCUGUACGUGUGUAGUCUCACAAUAAGCAACACCUUUUCGUGUGCUGGCAAGUGUGUGAGCAGUUGGUUACACUUAAAUGGGAACGUUUAGCCACAAGCAGAUCUUUGGACAGAGAUCGUCAACUAUAUAUGUGAACUAUAAAGCCAUUCACACAUAAGUGAAGGUGAACACAUUCCUACAAUGGUUGCCAUGAGUUGUACAUACAUAAGCAGCAUUUUGUGCCAUGUGUAGGACAGCAUGAGUGGGCCAUGCAGUCAAUGUGCACAGGGCCAAGUCUGCUUGUGUGGGUUUCUCUCCCUGACGGCGUCCUAUGCAGCAAAUCAUGUCAAUUCAUGUGCCAAUGACACCUGCGAAUUUGGCACAAGCGUCACCUUCAAGGCAUGCCCUUGCAUGCUGAGAUACCACCAGAAGGCAGGAAAAUCGCCUAGACUGUGUUCUUACUGUGCAAAGUGCCUUACUACAGGUGUAUUUUUCCCCAGUUGCACAAACGCAUGCCAUUGUAUGUGUGGGUCCUCUGCUGUCAUGUUGGCUUCUGCUGCUGCCCUCCCCCCAUCCCCAAAUACAUCUCCUGUGACCUUGCUGGGUUCCCCCUACACUCUCUGUUCUCGGGGAUUCCGGGAUCUGGUUACUUGCCAGUCACAGGGGGAAAGGAUUUCCCAGAAGGGCUUAAAAUACCCAGCAUGCCAUACAGAGAAGAGGCUGGAACACACUUGGAUGGAUUCCCCUUUUCAAAGCACAUUGUUGGGAAGGGGAAGUGAGAGAGAUUGGGGCAGAGAGGAGAUCGUUUAAUUGCUGGGGGAGUGCGUGCCACAACCCCCAUUAUGGGCACCCAACCCUCUGCUCUCUUUGCAGCCCCUUUCCCCUCCUUUCCUUCAGCUAAGGCAUUUGGUGCUAGCCCAGCCCUUGAAGUGGAUGGGUGUGCAUGUGUGUGCAAGAGAGCGCGCGAGAGAGAAACAUCCUUGGCCAAAGGACAAUUCAUUCCUUUUGGCAGCAGCGAUCCUGCCUAUAAAAGGCAAAGCCCUGAACACUACUCUGCCCAGUGUGUGUGCGCGCAUGAAUGCACACAUGCAUAGACACGUGUGUUUGCCUGUGUCUGUGUGCACCCAUAGGACUGUAUGUGGUGAGGACGCAUGUCAUGGAUUGCAGGCUUGGGGAGUCAGUGAUCUCAUGUGGAGCCUGGCCAGCUUAUGUUUCAUGAAGGCAGGAGGGUGUGCAGUGGAAGUAUGGCUGGGCAUUACUAUUUGGGAACAGUGUGGGGAGAAGAGUGUUGUGCAGUUGCUCUUUGUGAACUGAAGCCACUUGGUUGCUGCAGCCUAGAUUGCGCUGUGGGCUUGGCCAGGGUGUGGCAAAGAUCUGUGCUGGGGGCGCAAUGUUCUUUGUGGCUGUUCAACACGUCUGCCGCAUGAAGAGCCCAUGCACCUUUACAAAGUGGGUUCUGCUUGUGUGUGCCUUUGAUAUGGUGGGAUCUCCUGCUGUUGCACAAUGUGGGAAGAUCAUGUCCAACUGAUUGUCUACCCUGUGCCAAGGCAUGUAACAACAUUUUAUUUUUUAGUGAUAUAAAAUAGAACCAGUGAGGCCACCCAGUGAGCUUGGGGCAGAGGGGACAGCAAGUUCUAUUGCAAGGGUCAUUUGCCACUCGUGCUGACUUCCAGAGGCUUGUUAAAGUUCAUGGCUUUCCAAAAGUGUUGUAGUCUUGCUGUGCUAACAGUAGUAUGUAGAUGCAGGAAGUGUCAAGGCAGUUUUAUUGGGAAAGGAACAUAGACCCAACUAGUACAGCAUCCUCUUCCCACAGUGGCUAAGCAGAUGUCUAUGGGAAGCCACAAAGCAGGACCUGAGAGCAAAGGCAUUCUUCCCACAUGUGAUUCACACCCACUGGCAUUCAGAAGCAUCCUGCCUCUGACAGUGGAGGUAGAACAUCGCCUUGGUGGCUUGUAGCUGCUCAUAGCCUUCUCCUCCAUGAAUCUGCCUCAUCCUCUUAGAAGCCAUCCGGGUUGCUGAUGACCAUCACUGCAUCUUGUUGGAGUGGAUUGCAUGGCUCAGCUGUGUGAAGAAGAACUUCCUUUUGCCCACCCUGAAUCUUUGAACGUUCAGCUUCAUUGGGUGUCCCCAAGUUCUAGCGUUAUGUGUGAGAGAAAAACUUUUCUCUGUUCACUUUCUCCUUAUGCCGUGCUAAAUUUUAUACACCUCUGCCAUGUACAGUGGUACCUCGGGUUACAGACGCUUCAGGUUACAGACUCCGCUAACCCAGAAAUAGUACAGUCAUACCUCGGGUUGAAGUAGGUUCAAGUUAAGUAUUUUCGGGUUGCGCUCUGCGGUGACCCAGAAGUAAUGGAGCGUGUUACUUCCGGGUUUCGCCGCUCACGCAUGCGCAGACACUCAAAAUGAUGCCACGUACGUGCACGGAAGUGGCGAAAUGUGGCACGCACAGACGCACAGUCACAUCUUACGUUUACUUCAGGAUGUGAACAGGGUUCCGGAAUGGAUCCCAUUCGUAUCCAGAGGUACCACUUUACCUUGGGUUAAGAACUUUGCUUCAGGAUGAGAACAGAAAUCGUGCGGGGGCAGCAGGAGGCCCCAUUAGCUAAAGUGGAACCUCAGGUUAAGAAGAGACCUCCAGAACGAAUUAAGUUCUUAACCCGAGGUACCACUGUAUUCUCUUACUUGCCUUUCUUCUAAACUCAAAGGCCACAUAUGUUGCCACUGUUCCUCACAGGGGACUUGCUCCAUCUCCCUGAUCAGUUUGGUGGCCCUUUUCUGACCCUCUCCUAGUUCCACCAUAUUCUUUUUUGAGGUGAGACCACCAGAACUGCACCAGUAUUUAAAGUGCUGUUGCACCAAAAUUUGUAUAAUGGCAUAAUGACAUUGACAGUUUUCAAAUUCCUUUCCUAAUGGUUCCUAGCAUGGAAUUGGGGCGGGGGGUAGGUAGCGGCGGCAACUGUUCCACGCUGUUUACACAACGUCUUAAUUGAGCUAUCCACUACGAACUCAUGGUCAGGUAGUGAAUAGGUGUGUUGGGGUAGGUGUUCAAACCAUUUAAACAUGUUUUUUCACCAACAGUUAUCCAGGGCUAACAACCAAGUGCUUUAUUUGAGGAACAAUGAAGUCUGGGAUGAAUGCAAUUAGAACUAGUAAUCUCCUAAACACAUUCCCACUCAGCUAAUCCCCUCUACCCUUCAUCCUCUCCCCCCUCCACUGUCAACCGACAAAAUUUGAUCACCAUCCCGACUGUCAAUCCAUAACUGCCUCCCACAUUUCAUGCCCCAACUGAUUUCCUCCAAGCACUAACCCCAAAUGUGGUUCGUUGAAAGAGGAUACCCACCUGGUUCUAAUAAAUGUCUGGUGACGGUUUUUAAUACCUUCUCUGUGUGGAAAUGGACAAAAGGAAGUACUUCUUCCCGCAGCACUUACUCAAACUAUGAUAUUUGCUUCCACAGGAUGUGGUGACAGCCACCAAUUUAGACAGCUUUGAAAAGGAGAUUAGACACAUUCAUGGCGGAUAAGGCUAGCAAUGACUACUCGUCAUGAUAGCAGCUAUGUGCUCUGAGCUCCAGUCUUUGCAGGACAACAGCAGGAGAGAGAGCUAUUGCACUCAUAUUUGGUGUGUGGGCUUCUCAGAGACCUCUGGGUGGCCACUGUGACCACAGAAUGCUGGCCUAGAUGGGCCUCUGGUCUGAUCUAGCAAGGCUCUUAUUAGUGGCACAUCUCUGGUCUGGAUAUGCAUUUCAGGGAGUCUUCCUGCACGCUCCUGACAAAGUUGCCCAAAUGCCUUGUGUGCGAAUACAGGAAAUGAUGCCUGUUUUUAAUUUGUUUGGUUUUUGGCUGGUAGAAGUGUCCCUCCACCUUGGCUGUGCAAAUUAGGGGCAGCUUUCAAAGUAUUCUGUGUAUUGUUGUGGUGGAGACACAUCUAAAACACCAUCCAUUGCCACUGGUGGGCCCAAUCAAGGAGAGAAGACGUGAGGGGUUUUCAGAGCCCCAAAAGGUCCUUUUCCUUGCAGAUUUGUGUUCCUUAGCAACUAUGCCUUUGUUUACCCAGCAACAGAAUCACCACAUGAAUUUCCCCAGACAGAAAAAACAACAGCAUGUUAUUUCCAGAGAGAUUCCAGAUUUAUCCCGUGCAAACGUCAUAAACACAUUCUUUCUCCAAAGUCUCUGGGGACCCAUAUAGACAGCCUCCCAAACUGCUGCUGGUAUGGCAAGAGCACCCUGUGGUGCUUCUCCCCUUCCUGUCAGAGGAGAAUAUCAGGGAAGUUGUACCUUCACCUAACACCUAGUAAUUAAUUAUCAUAACUGACAGUUUUCCACUGGUAAUUAUAUAACACCCAGUUUUCAUAUGGCACAGUUGGGGAGUGUGUGACCCUCCAUAUACUGUUGGCCUCCAACUCCCAUCAGCUCCAGCCAGAAUGGCCAAAGGCAAAGGAUACAGGGAGUCCAACAACAUCCAGAGGGUCACAAGUUUACCACCGCCACCACCUCCUUUAUGACUGAAAAACUCUCCCAUGCCCUCUCAAGUUGCUGCUUAUAAUGCCUAAGAAAUAAUCCAGUAUUGCUUGGUUGUGUGUAUAUCCCUGAAAGGGGUCCCCAGCACUGCUGGUGUAUGCAGUGUUAUAUAAUGGUCAUUGUAUACAUCAGAUAUGGGUAUGCGUGACACACCCUGCCCUGGGCAUCCUGCCAUGGGGCUGCCUGACAUUUAUUGCAGGGUGGGGGAUGAUAGUCUCCCACCUGCCAUGUGUUAAUGCUUGGGGAAUUCCACCAGGUUCUCUGGGUUCUGUUUCCGGCGUUCAGAUUCAGUCGGUCGGCUGAAUCGGAGCAGAAGGAACAGAGCAGAGGGCCCUGGAGUCCUGCUCCUGCACUUACUUUUGUUCCUUUCAUUUUAAUUGGAUCUCAAUUCCUCAUCCCACUCAGGCUCCUUUCCCUCCCCGCUCCCCACCUGUCUCCCUCUCUGAGCUCCCCGGAAAUCUGCUCUUCUGUCCACUUGUCCACAGGGAUUAGGCCAAUUUCUGUCCCUGGUCUCUGAAUUCUUGUCCAGACUUGGCUGCAGACAGUAGCUGGGCAAAGAGGCUGAUUGUCCUCUGGCCACAUCCCCAAGGUCACCGCAGGUGGGAAGCUCACCAGGCCACUCUCUGAUCUUCGCCUCUGGAAUGUGGCCAGGGGGAUUGCUGGGGGAUUUAGGCUCUUUGCUGUACCAGCCGCUGAGCACCCUCCCCCCACCACCCACGUCGGCUCCGCCUUAGCCACUUCAUGGGACCAAAAUACCCCCUGAGCUCAGCUCAGCUCGGCCUGAGCCCAGACCAGGGAUCACAUAGAUUAGCUUGCUCCCGCUGCUGCCCAUUCUAUGGGGAAGGCAGCAAGAAAGAAGGGGGAUGAGGACGCUUGAGACUUACCCUCCUUUUGGAGGCCAGUGGGCUGAGGGAGUGGGCUGGCUUGUGGGACUGAUCCUUGACUCCGAGGAUGUAUCUCCCCAGAGCUGCUGGAGACACGCACUGCCCGCCCCUUCAGCUUUUCCUUCAACACAAGCGAUUAUCGGAUCCUGCUGAUGGACCAAGACCAGGAGCGGCUCUACCUGGGGGCACGAGACUUCCUGGUGGCCUUGGAUCUUCACAAUAUCAACAAGGAGCCGCUCAUUGUAAGCCCUGCUGCAGAGGGCCUCAAGGAGAGCCGCGCUGGGUCAGAACGAAAGGGGCCACAUUGCCCAGGAUUUAUGGGGUUGGGCUGUGGUCCGCUGGAUGCAUCCAGAAAAGGCUGGGUUUGGUUGGUGGGGGUAACAUGGGAGGAGGUGAAGAAGAACAUGGGAUAGGCUGGAGCAGAGGCAGCCAGGGAGAUGGGCACCCUGGAUUCUUGGCCAAGCUUCAGAAGGCAGCUAACUGCAAGUGCGUGAAGGCCUGGCAUGGAGGGAGAAAUACCUCCACUCUAUCAAAGCCAAUCCCCAUCCUGUUCAUCUCUCUCUGUCUCUCUCUGCACAGAUUCAUUGGCCAGCACUUCCCAGCCACCAGAAUGAGUGUCGCCUGGCAGGGAAGGGGCAGAGGGUGAGUCGUAGUUGCUGCUCCACUGCUCUCUUCUUAUCACCCUGGGUAUCACCUCACAACCGCUAGUGGGGUUUUUGGUCUAAAUGCCCCAAAUCCCUGUGGAAAGACCAUUUGUCAAUGUGGCUAUGGCUGUCCCUGAAUCCAUCUGACUUCUUAUUUUAGUUUCUUACAUUUAUAUCCCGCUUUUCUUCCAUUGUGGAACCUGAGGUGGCAUGCAUGUGGUUCCCAGGCCGAGACUUGCUUACCUUCCACAAGAUGAUGUGCCUUCAGGAAUACCCCUGGACCUCCCGGGCUUUCUUGUGUACUUCUAAGAACAAUAUUACCAAAAAACCCCAAAGCUGUUACCUCCAUGACAUCAUCUUUGCUAUCCAUUGAUCCUGCAUAGCCUGUGUUUCUGAGCAAUGCCCCCCACCAGAAGUCAGCUCCCCUUCCUCUUUAUUUUUUGGGGAAGGGACAGGGUAAGAAAAUGGGGGUUGAGCCAACUUCUGGCUGCCAGGAGGAUGUCUGCCAGCUCAUGCCCUGUUUCCUCUUUACCCUCCAGGGCGAAUGUUUCAACUACAUCCGGCUUAUGCAGCCAUUGAACCGCACUCACCUGUACGUGUGUGGAACAGGGGCCUACCACCCAGUCUGUGCCCUCGUCAACCGUGGCUGGCGCUCUGAAGUAAGCAGAGAACCUGGAUUGCUUCCCGCUGGGAGGAGAGCCGCUGCUCAGUGGUAGAGACAUGAUUUGUAUGCCCAAAGGUCCAGGUUCAGUCCUUGGCAUCUCCAGGUAGAGUUGGGAAGGAUCCCAGCCGGAAACCCUGGAGUGUCACUGCCAGUCAAUGUAACUCAGGUGUGGGCAACCUAUGGCCCCACAGAUACUGCUGGGCUAUAGCUCUUAUGAUCCCUGAUCAUUGGACAUGGAGGCUGAGACGGAUGGGUGUUGGCAGCCAACAACAUCUAGAGACCCACAGGUUUCCCUGUUGUUGACCAUAGUGAGUUAGAAUACAAGAAGAGCCUGCUGGAUCAGGCACAUGACCCAUCUAGUCAACCUUCCUGUUCUCCCAGUGGCCAACCAGAUGCUUGUGGAAAACCUACAAGCGGGAUUCGAUCACAAGAGCACCAUCCCCUCCCGUAGUUUCCUGCCACUGGAGUUGAGAAACAUUGAUGCCUCCAGCUGUGGAGACAGAACAUAGCCGUCAUGGCCAAGAGCCAUUGAUAGCCAUCUCCGCCAUGAAUUUGUCAGAUUCUCUUCUAAAGCCUUCCAAGUUAGAGGGACCAAUAGUACGCUGGACAAAUGUACGCUACAUACAUCCUAUACCGCUAAAAAACAUUCUGGGUUCUAUAGUUUGCUCAGGAUUUUUGGGCAUUGUAGCUCUGUGAGGGGUGACCUACAGUGCCCAGAAUUCUUUAAGAGGAAAGAAUGUUCUACAAAUGUGCUUUAGUGAGUACACAGCCUUAGUUUAAGGCAGUUACCUGUGUGAGCUUCUGAAGAGAGAGGGUACUUCUGAAAAGGAGAGCAGGUCAAGAGUGGGAUUUUGUCCCUCCACAGUUUUGGAAAUGAGCUGGGCUUUAGGUUAGGUGUUCAAGGUAGGUUUCCAUGCUCAUAUUCAUGUUCUCUUCUUUUUUCAUCCCUUCAAAGGAGUACCUUUUCCGCAUGGUGCCUCGUUCACUGGAGCCAGGGAAGGGCAAGUGCCCAUAUGACCCCCGGCAGCACAGCACGGCUGUGCUUGUCAGUAAGUGACUUUGAGUGAGUUUGCAUGUGUCCCUGGAUGCGACCCUGCUACCAGUUAUCUCUAUGAAGUACCAGUAGUGUUGUGCAUAUACAUGUAUUUGUCUUUUAACUCUUGUUUUUCUUACAAGAGAGCUCUAGAUGAGUGUGAUCUAUCUUGCUUGUCAGCAUAUAAAUGGCCACAGGUUGCCCAAUGGAGCCAGAGACCAUGUCAUUGUGUGUUUACAGCCACCAUUGUUUGAUGACUUGUCUUUCUCUUGCAUUUACUAGACAUGCUGCAUUAGCUAAGCAGCCAGUUAGCGCUAAACAGCUGAUUGGCAGGGAACAAGAAGCUGCUGAGGAUGUUGCAGGCCAAGAAGAUAUUUUCCACUGAGGGGCCAUAACUUAGUUUCAGAGCACAUACUUUGGAAGUAUAAGGUCCCAUGUUUAACCACAAUUGAAAGGAGAUUAAAAACAGGGUUAGGAGACCCACGUCUAAUGUUCUGGAUUGCUGUUUCUCAGUUAAGGCAGACAAUACUGGAGCAGAUGGACCAAAGGUCUACACUCUUGUACCCAGUUCCCUUGCCUUCAGGUUUGCAUCGGCUAUAUGUCUACUUGUGUCUCUGUGUCUAUUCGACUAAUGCUGCCAUGUGCCUCUUCCACCGUUCUCCUCUCCCCAGAUAACACACUGUAUGCUGGAGUUCAUGUGGAUUUCAUGGGCACUGAUGCUGCCGUGUUCCGCACGAUGGGGCCUCGACCGGCUGUGCGCACCGAGCAACAUGAUUCCCGCUGGCUCUAUGGUAUGAGGCUGAUGGAGGUAGCCAGAAGUGGGUGGGGAUGAGUGCUGGGAUAGCACACUGUGGAUAAUGGCGAGAAUUAUGGCUCACCUCCUGUGGCGUGAGUGGCACAGGUAGCAGGGUGCGUGUUGCGGCACACCCGGAGAGCCUUGCACUUGGCAGUGCCAUAGAGGCGAAACCUGCAGCCCCGCCUGCUUCUCCUCUGUUAGGCUGCUGCCUGCCGCUCAGCUCAGCAGACUUACGCCCGUCCUCAUCCUCAUUAUUACAGUGGUGCCUCGCAAGACGAAAUUAAUCUGUUCCGCGAGUAUCUUCGUCUAGCGGUUUCUUCGUCUUGAGAAGCAACCCUAUUAGCGGCUUAGCGGAUUAGCGCUAUUAGCGGUUUAGCAGCUAUUAAAGGCUUAGCGGCUUAGCGGCUUAGCUGCUAAAAGGCUAUUAAAGGCUUAGCGGCUUAGAAAAGGGGGGGGGAGCGGAAAAAAAUCUCAAGACUCGUAAGACAUUUUCGUCUUGUGAAGCAAGCCCAUAGGGAAAUUCGUCCUGCGAAGCGCAUUGAAAAACGGAAAACCCUUUCGUCUAGCGGGUUUUCCGUCUUGCGAGGCAUUCGUCUUGCGGGGCACCACUGUAUUUGUGUUCAUUUGUCACUUUUUUCACAAAAGUGAGUUAAAGUGAUUCGUGGCAUUAAAAGAAACAUUAAAACUGAGUGUACAAAGAGCAGACUAUGAAUCUGAAUGCUCAUCAUGCAAAAGGACAGAUCCAACUCACCCACCCCGUUGAAAAAAUUAGCAUUACCCCAAUGCAUAAGAAUAUGUGUUAUAACUAAAGCAAGCUUUCUCAACCUCGGCCCUCCAGAUGUUUUUGGCCCACAACUCCCAUGAUCCCUAGCUAGCAGGACCAGUGGUCAGGGAUGAUGGGAAUUGUAGUCUCAAAACAUCUGGAGGGCCGAGGCUGAGGAAGCCUGGACUAAAGUGUAGAAAAUUUCCUAGAUGUUGUACUUGGCUUGUUGUGGCACGCUUGCCCCCAAAGGUUGGCAGCCACUGGGCUAAAGUGUUUGCUUGUGCUGCCUAGUGGCGGACCAAGGUAACAGCACUUUUCCCCUCCCCACCAGACCCUGUCUUCCUCCACGCCCGCGUCAUCCCCGACAGCUCCGACCACAACGAUGACAAGCUCUACUUCUUUUUCCGUGAGAAAGCGCUUGAGGGUGCCGUGGGGCCUGCUGUGCUCGCUCGGGUGGGACGGGUUUGCCUGGUGAGCGACGCUUGGAGUGGGGGAGACACCCACCCACACGGUUGAGUUUUGGCUUGAGGCAUGGGGAAGCAGGCUGAGAAAGAUGGAGCAGGCCGGGGGCUGCCGCCUGAGGGGUGUGUGAGCGUGUGUUUUGCUGGUGGCGAUGGCUGUGUCCCCGCUCCUGCAGAGCUAAAAUUGCACCUGGAGAUCCUAGAAAAGGGUUCCAAAUUCUGGGCUGCCUUACAUGUUGCUAAGUCAAGGUCCCACUAGCCUUAGGAUUACUGCUUGCACAAUGGGACUUCCCCCCACCCUACCUUUGAAUACAUCUAAAUUUCUUCUAGGGUUCCUCCAACCCCCUGGAGCAAAUUUUGGGGCACGUGUAGGGGGAGGAGCUGGGGAGGGAGUCCUGUUGUGCUAGUGGUAAUCCACUUACAAGAUGAAUUAGUUGACUACCAUACAGUGUGCUGGAUUUAAUAACCAGACAAUGCUGUACUGUACUAUAGGAAUUCAGAGGCAGUAUGGCAGAUGCUGCUGUUGGGGAAAUCUAGUGGGAGUUGCCUGAUGCCUUGUUUGUAAACUCCCCAAGGAACAGGAUAAUGGACUAGAACUGUCAUUGGUCUGUUCCAGCAGGGAUCUGCUUUGGGCCAUAUCACUCCCUUUCAGCUAGUGAACUCUGCUAGUCAGUGUCAGCAGGAUUACAGCACCAAAUUAGGCAACUGAGGAAUAAAAGGGAGGUGUCAGCAUGCUUGGGGGAACCUCAGAGUUUACAGAAGUGCAGGCUAUCUUUGGCCGGGCAUGUGUUUGUGCGUCAAUGAAGAAACCAACACAGAAAAGCUAACAGCUCAAUGAACACUCGGUGUCUGUUGUUGUUGGGUGAUGGUGUAUUGUGGAAGAGAGCACUAUUGGCGGGCUGGAACCCUGAACAGGAACGCUCCCCACUUCCACAUUACUCUCUGCACUCCCACAAGCACACAGAGAUGCAGACACGCAAGCAAGCACGCUGGUCCUGUGCCAGUUGCGGCACAUCUGUGCACCAUAGCGAGCCUGUGGAAGGUAUAGGUAUAUGCACAGCCAUUCUGGUCUUCGUUGUGCACAGGUUGUGACCACAACUAACUCAAAUGUUUUCUUGCAAAAUCCCUAUUGAAAUUCAUGGGAGCUUGGAAAAGAGCCCAGAUUCCCUCAUCCUUUCAUUGUGGCUUGUGCAGGGAACUUCCUGGUAGAUUGUGUGUGAUUAAUAUUUUAAAUUUCCCUGACAACUCACCACAUGGCCACUGAAACCCUGUCAUGUGAUUAGGGGAGAGCCACUACAUUCUGAGUUACAGGACAUUCAUGAGUUUCAAACUGUUGUUCAGGUCUGAAAAUGCUCUCAAUUACAUUAAGUACAGAACCCUACCCAGCGGGGGGGGAACCUGUUUUACUUAGCCUAAUGAUUUGCCCAGCAGCACUUAAUAAAGGAUGCCUGAACUGGUUACCCCAAAUCCUUUCUGUUUUUUAAAAAAUAAUUUUAUUUUUUAUUUUGACAAAGUAAUAAUAAUAAAUAAAGAAUAAAAAUGUGCACCCCACCCGCAAGACCAUUCUAUUGUAGCUAUCCAACAUCCCAAGAUUUCAACACCUCUCUUGCAAUGGUUUGACCCCUUUCCAUUCUAACAGUACAAAUUCUACAAACCCCUUCCAUAUCUCCUCAAAAUCAUUUCUCUUGCAUGUUCCCCGUCUAACCUUAAUAGCACAUGUUAAUUUAUCAUAAAUAAAUAAAUAAAUAAAUAAAUAAAUCAUUAAUAAAUUUAUCCCACACCUCUUUAUACCAUUCUUCCAUUUUAUAUUCACCUUGCCCCUUCCACUUCCUAGCUAUAAUGACUUGUGCAGCUGUCAAUAAAUUUAUGAGCAAGUCCUUCAUAGCCUGCGAACUUUCCACCCCAUCGUAAAUUGAUAAUAAUGCUACCUUUGGACUUUCGGUCAGCUUUUACCCAGUGAUUUCUGUUAUCUCCUUAAACACCCUUUGCCCUAAAAAUUGUACGUAUUUAUACCCCCACCACAUGUGAACUUAAUUCCCGGUUUCCUGGCAUCCCUUUUACUUACACUUGUCCCUUUGGCCAGUUCAUUUUUAUUUUUAAACUUUUCUUCCUUAUUUUUCAAUAAUCAAUAAUCAAGGUAUGGUUCAAAGAAAAGUGGGCCAGACCCAUGUGCAUUCUUUUUGUAACCUCUAAGUUUUUCCAGAGUGUUCUGUGAGUGGGUGGUGGGGCCAUAUAUUUAUAGCACCGUAGAAUUGUUGGGACCAAGGACAAUCUAGUUCAACCUCCUGCAAUGCAGGAAUCGCAACUAAAGAAUCCCUGACAGAUGCCCACCCAACCUCUGUUUAAAAACCUCCAAGGAAGGAGAGUCCUUCACUUUCCAAGGUCCACCAUAGUUCCUGAUUCUUUUAACUGUGUAGAUCUUGAAAUGGUGCCACUUCAGAUACCAGCAAAUUCAGGUCACACAAUUAAAGUUGAUUGUGAAGAGCUCUCCUCUGGAAAUUAGUGCUCACCCAACUGUCUUCUCUAUGGGUAACAGUGCUAUUGCUGAAAAAGAGUUAGAGCAGGGGUAGACAGAAAGACCAAGCUCUGUUGAUAGAUCUCUGGCUGAUUUGCAGUGGAUCAGCAAAGGUUUCAGAGGGUACCCUGUUCCUUAUUUCUGUGUUCCCCUGCCCCACCCACCAGCCACUAUUUUGCACACUGCUCUGAUGGGUGGACCUUGAUGUUUUGGUUAAAAAAAAGAUGCAGUUAAAUAUUUCAAGCCUGAAGCCUGCCCAUCCCUGGGUUAGAGAAUUUUGAUCCACCCCCUAAUUGAAUCAACUAAGAGUCUCCUGCUGCUCUUAGAUCUCCAAAUCCUAGGGUCUCUGUUUGGCUUUCUCUGCUCCUCUGUGAUAAAACUUUCCUACCAUUUCCUAUUCCAUGCCCUCCAUGUUCUAAUUUUUUUUUAAGCUUUCUGAUUCUUGCUUGCAUGCUGGUGUUAAGGCAAGAGGUCCCAGUACAAAUAAUGGCUUUCUUCAUCUUCCAGCCCAGAGGUGGCUGCUGGAUCUAUUGUUCUUCAGGGGUGAAUGAAAGCUUCCCCCUGACCCAAUGCAGAUUGCAAGUACAUCACCCUCUUUUCUAGAAUGGGAGCAUACUGGUGGCGGGGGAGAACUAAAGCCCCCCCCCCCCAAUAUCCUAAUCCAGACUGGGCUCUACAUGCUGUCUAUUUCUGCAAGAAAAGCUGUGCACUCAGAGACCAAGCAUGUGAUUCGCUUUGGCCACUGUAGGGAUUAGCUGACAGACCCUUGUACAUUUCCCUUUUCAGAAUGAUGAUGGCGGGCAGCGCUCUUUGGUGAACAAGUGGACGACUUUCCUUAAAGCUCGGCUUGUCUGCUCGGUGAUUGGAGAGGACGGCGUGGAGACUUUCUUUGAUGAGCUCCGUGAGCUGCUGUUUUGGAGAGGGAUUUUGUUUUGGCGGGGCAGAAAUGAUUUAUGUUGGCAGGGGGAGGUUGAGGCCAUAAGGAUUUCAGGUUCCACCCUUGGUGCAGAAACCUGAGGCUUAGUGAUUGUCUCUGUGUGUGCAGGUGACUGUCAGAGGGUUGAGGCACAGGAGACAGAAUUGCACCCUAAGCUCUGGAGAAAGAAUUAGCUUGAAUGACUUGGAUGAUGGACUCAAGGGCAUCCUGAUCAAAUUUGCAGAUGACACCAAACUGGGAGGGGUGGCUAACACCCCAGAGGACAGGAUCACACUUCAAAACGAGCAAAAACAAACAAGAUGAAUUUUAACAGGGAGAAAUGUAAAGUAUUGCACUUGGGCAAAAAAAUGAGAGGCACAAAUACAAGAUGGGGGACACCUGGCUUGAGAGCAGUACAUGUGAAAAGGAUCUAGGAGUCUUGGUUGACCACAAACUUGACAUGAGCCAACAGUGUGACGCGGCAGCUAAAAAGCCAAUGCAAUUCUGGGCUGCAUCAAUAGGAGUAUAGCAUCUAGAUCAAGGGAAGUAAUAGUGCCACUGUAUUCUGCUCUGGUCAGACCUCACCUGGAGUACUGUGUCCAGUUCUGGGCACCACAGUUCAAGAAGGACACUGACAAACUGGAACGUGUCCAGAGGAGGGCAACCAAAAUGGUCAAAGGCCUGGAAACGAUGCCUUAUGAGGAACGGCUAAGGGAGCUGGGCAUGUUUAGCCUGGAGAAGAGGAGGUUAAGGGGUGAUAUGAUAGCCAUGUUCAAAUAUAUAAAAGGAUGUCACAUAGAGGAGGGAGAAAGGUUGUUUUCUGCUGCUCCAGAGAAGCGGACACGGAGCAAUGGAUCCAAACUACAAGAAAGAAGAUUCCACCUAAACAUUAGGAAGAACUUCCUGACAGUAAGAGCUGUUCGACAGUGGAAUUUGCUGCCAAGGAGUGUGGUGGAGUCUCCUCCUUUGGAGGUCUUUAAGCAGAGGCUUGACAACCAUAUGUCAGGAGUGCUCUGAUGGUGUUUCCUGCUUGGCAGGGGGUUGGACUCGAUGGCCCUUGUGGUCUCUUCCAACUCUAUGAUUCUAUGACUUAAAGCCAGGCGUCACCAGAGAGUGGCCAUUGAAAUAUCUUGGCUCUGUCAACUUCAAGUGGUUCUUGAGGCCAUUCCAAAAGACAUCUGCCAAGAUGCUUGUUGUUCUUAGCAUUCCAGGUCAAGGUGGAAGAUCCCAGCCCUGUGUAUUCCAGUGGCCAUUGGGAUGAAAAAUGUUUUUCUUCAUUUGGCCAUUUGUAGAUCUCCCUAAAUUCACUGUGUAGGCAAGGAUGGGGAUCCUGUGGAUUCCCAACUCCCAUCAAUCCCAUCUCCAAUGUAAGCAACCUAUUUCUCUGGACUUGAUCCAUUCCUAUGACCCUUUGGAAGGAACCCUUGGAUUUCCAUGUGUGUUCAUAGAAUCAUAGAAUUGGACAGUUGGAAGGGAUCUGGGGAUCAUCUAAUCCAACCCCUUGCCAUGCCAUUUGUUCGCUGCCAUUUGCUUCAGUAUGUCCCCCUAAGCCACAGCACAGAUGUAAUUGAGAGAUACAUGCAAGGUAUAGGCACCAACUUCUAGGGGCUGAGGUCUAUUUGGCUCCCCAAAAAAUAUUUGAGGGGGCUGCCCCCCUAAAGUUGAUGAGCAUUGCCAUUCAAAUGGUGUCUGUGCGUCUUGUGAUUGAUUAUGCAGGGCAGAGCUUACCCCCCUCCCCAAAUAUUUUAUUCAAGUUGUCACACCUGAUGCAGGGGGUUGGCCAUAGGCUAGAUGGGGACUGGCAAUCUUUCCCGCACAACCUACCCACCUCCCUCAAGAAGCUCUGCCUCUUUGUUUCCCUCUUCCAGGUGACGUUUUCCUGCUGCCGACUCAGGACGAGAAGCACCCUCUGCUCUAUGGGGUGUUCUCCUCAUUGGGGUGAGUGAGCACCCCGUGGUGGGGACAGCUGGGCUUCAGUGUUGGGGCGUAGCCUGCUCAGCAGGCCUUGGGCCUCACACAGGUGUGUGCCCCUGUCUCCCUUCUCCCUUCCUCCAGGUCCGUGUUCCGUGGCUCUGCGGUCUGCGUUUACUCCAUGGCCGACAUUCGCACAGUCUUCAAUGGGCCCUUUGCCCACAAGGAGGGACACAACUACCAGUGGGGCCCUUACACAGGGCGGGUGCCCUACCCUCGCCCUGGAGCUGUGAGUCACCAAGGCCUCUCACUCCCCUAAUGUGUUAUUCCCCUCAGCGCCUGGAUUUCACUGUCUGCCUCCCUUUUCUCCUUCCCUAAGCUCCUUGCGAUUUCUUCCUUAUAUUUACCCCCUCUCCUGCUUUACACUCAGUUGUGUGUUUCCUUUGCAUUAUGGGUACAAAGAAGGUUAGCAGGGUAGGGUGGGGAAAGCUGGACCCCUACAGUUCCCCCCACCCUGGCCAAGACUCUGACUCUGCUACCCGGCUCUCUUUCUCAGUGCCCAGGAGGAACCUUCACCCCAGGACUUCGCUCCACACGUGAAUUUUCAGACGAGCUGGUGACGUUUGUGCGUGCCCACCCUCUGAUGUACAAUGCUGUUUACCCACUGCAGCGCCGCCCCCUGCUUGUGAGGACCAAUGUGCCUUACAGCUUCACCACCUUGGCCGUGGACCUAGUGGAUGCAGUGGACGGGCGCUAUGAGGUUCUCUUUCUUGGGACAGGUAAGUAAUGGGUGCUAUAGUUGCUGGAGAGUGCUUAGCUAGGGAUGCUUUCUGACAUUGUCACUCUUCAGCCACCCCCACAGGCUGUGGUGGAAGUCACCUAGAAAACUCACCUCUUGACCUGUUCUUGUUAAAGGUGCUAAUAGGUGCUUCAAGUGCAUAUUGAAUACCACUCAAUUCCCAGCUGUGACCUGAGUGACUUUUCUUUUUCUUAAUUUCCCCGGCUGAAUGGGAAAACUGUGACUCUCCAGAUGUUCUCAGACUACAACUCCCAUCAUCUCUGACCAUGCUGCUUGGGGCUGAGGGGAGUUGGAGUCCCACAACCUCUAAAGAGCUACACAGGUUCCCCAUCCCUAGCGUAGGGUUUUGAAGGUAAACACCAACACCUUUGAAGUUGUCCCUAAAUACCGUCCACAAGCAACCAGUUCAGCUCUUUGAAGCACUGGAGUAAAAUGUCCUCCAUAGCUUCUGAAGGAAGAUGUCUGGGUCUUCUUCCUCCAGACCAGGGCACAGUGCAGAAGGUGAUUGUGCUGCCGAAGGAACAGGGCAACUUGGAAGAGCUGACCCUGGAGGAGGUGGAAGUGUUCAGGGUGAGUGAACACGUGGCUCCCUGUUGUUGCUGCCCUAACACUGCCACCUGUCUGCCCUUCUCAAUGUUGGCCUCUCCUCUUUUUGCCUUACAGGCUCCAGCGCCUGUGAAGACCCUGUGGAUAUCCUCUAAACGGGUAGGUGGUUGAGGUACCUGUUGCUGAGGAGCAAAGUAGGAGAUGAGCACUCUGGGUCGCUGCUCUGACAGGGGUGCAGGUACCUGAAGGACCUUGUGGGCUUAGUCCUCCAACUCUGAGAAGGGAGGUUAGGAUUCCGCUGCUGUUGCGCAGAGGCUGAAGACCAGGCUUCGUCUUGUAGGAGGCAAGCGGGUGGUCUUGCAAUCCAGCUUCCCAUUCAGCCGCUGCUCUCUCCUCUCUGCUCUGCAGCAACAGCUGUACGCCUCCUCAGACGUGGGGGUCUCCCAGCUGAGCCUCCAUCGAUGCCGCGAAUACGGUGAAGCUUGUGCCGAUUGCUGCCUGGCCAGGGAUCCCUAUUGCGCUUGGGAUGGGCAGCGCUGCGCACGCUACAGCCACACAGCCAAAAGGUAACAUCCUGAGAGUGCUAAGUUGGGAAUGCAAAUGCCGAGGGAAGGAGGGAGGGAAGUGUGAAUGUAAGGAGAGCCUGCAGGUUGGAUCAGGGCGGUGGUCCAUUGAGUUGAGCGUUCUGUUCUCACAAUGGGCAACCGUGUGCCUGUGGGGAGCCCCCAAGCUGGACCACAGCAGUUCAGAGACAUACUUCCUCUGCCAGUGGAGGCUAGCAGCCACUCCAUGGAUUUGUCUAAUCAUCUUAUAAAGCCAUCUGUGUUGGCGGUGACCAUCACUAUAUCUUGUGGGAGCGAAUUCCACUCCAGGGGUAGGGCUUGCUCUUUGCUCUGGCAGAGGCACCCAAAAACACCACUGGCAAGGGAAAGAGAAAGAGUCAGUUCCUCCAAGGCCACUUCUACGAGGGCUAUUUACUGCCAUCAGGUCUGAUCCCUGAGCAAAAGUACAGUGGUACUUCGGGUUACAGAUGCUUCAGGUUACAUACGCUUCAGGUUACAGACUCCGCUAACCCAGAAAUAGUACCUUGGGUUAAGAACUUUGCUUCAGGAUGAGAACAGAAAUCGUGCGGUGGCGGCGCGGUGGCAAUGGGAGGCCCCAUUAGCUAAAGUGGGCUAAGAAAAGUUAAGAACAGUUUCAGGUUAAGAAUGGACCUCCAGAACAAAUUAAGUUCUUAACUAGAGGUACCACUGUAAUGUGUGACUGGCUGUGGCAGGAGCAUCCCUGGCUUGGCGGUUCUCUCCUCCACUCUCAGAUUGGUCUGGGCUGCUCCGAAGUGGCUUCCCCAGCCCCCCUGCUGCCACCAAUACUGAGAUUUCCUCCCCUCCCCGCCUUGCCCUAUUUGCCUGUGGUGUGUCCCUCCAGUGUGGACAAAGGGCAGAGAGCAAGGCAGCUUGUUCUAAGAGGAGGGUCUGCAUGUGGAAACUUGACUGAAAACUAUUUUGUUCAAAUAGAAGCAGCCUUGAAGCACUAAACUGAAGAGAGGCAGGAUGAGUUGGUUAAAUCAGGGAUGGGGCAUCUGUGGCUCUCCAACUCCCAUCAGCCCUGGUCAUCAUGGCCAAUGGUCUGGGAUGAUGGGAGUUGUAGUGCAACAGCAUCUGGAGAGCCACAGGUGCUCCAUCCCUGGCUGUUAAACAGAAAAAUAAUAAGCACCAUGAUUGAUGGGACAUGGGUAGUGCUGUGGGUUAAACCACAGAGCCUAGGGCUUGCCGAUCAGAAGGUCGGCGGUUUAAGUCCCCGUGACAGGGUGAGCUCCCGUUGCUCGGUCCCUGCUCCUGCCAACCUAGCAGUUCGAAAGCACAUCAAAGUGCAAGUAGAUAAAUAGGUACCCUCCGGUGGGAAGGUAAACAGUGUUUCCGUGCGCUGCUCUGGUUUGCCAGAAGCGGCUUAGUCAUGCUGGCCACAUGGCCCGGAAGCUGUACGCUGGCUCCCUUGGCCAAUAAAUCGAGAUGAGCGCCGCAACCCCAGAGUUGGCCACCACUGGACCUAAUGGUCAGGGGUCUCUUUACCUUUACCUAUCAUCAUGAUUAUGGUUGGUCGUUGUUUACUAAUUUCCCUUAGCUGCUCAAAAGAAAGUCUCAAAGAAGUCUCCUGGGUUGGAAAAGCGAAUGAGUUUGACCUCUUCCCUCUCAUUUAGGAGGAGCCGCCGUCAGGACAUCAAACAUGGUGACCCUUUGCGGCAGUGCCGGGGCUUUAAUGCCAAAGGUAAGUUUUCACAGCACCAUCCCAGCCUUAUUCUCCAAGAGUUUGUCUAAUCCUUUUUUUAAAGCCAUCCAAGCUGAUGGAGAUCCAUAGUCCAUAGUCCAACUGUGUGCUGUGUGAAGAAGUGCUUGCCAACAAAUGUGCCGUUUCCCUUAACGCAAAUGCUGACAAAAUUUGGCAAGUCUCGGGAGGGCUGCGUGGAAUGGGAAGUCCGGCUCCUCUGGGGAUCAAAAGGCAGAGGCAGGCUCAGUUCCUAAUUGCCACAGGAGGAAAGGGUUAUCUCAGCUGCUCAGACCAGGACAUGCCUGCUCAGCACUCUCAAAAGAAAAGCAAAUUCACUGCUUCUGCAAGGAAGGUAAUGUAAUAAAGGUUGAGAGAAAACUCUCUGUGGUUUGGCUGCUGCAGCAACUCCUGGCUUUAUAAAAGCCAGCUCUGUUGCUGAAUGAAGAGGCCAUAGCACAUAGGAUGAAUACAGAAGGUGUCAGAAUCAAUCCCUGGCAUCUACAGGUUUUUUGAAAAGAAGGGUUGGUUUAGCAAGUGAUGGGCAAGACUCUUGGCUGAGACCCUGGAGAGCUGUGGCCAGAGUACUAUACUGAGUUGGAUGGAUAAAUAUUCUGACCUGGUAAAAGGCAGCUUCCUUUCCCCCUAAAAGUAAUGUAAUUCCAAUUUAGAAGGGUAGGAUUGCAUAUGCUGUGUUAAACAUAAUGAGGAUUUAGAAGAUAAAUUUGAAGGUAUUUCUUCUCUGCAUUAAGUGUCAGAGGACGAUCUAGAUUAGAGAUUGGUGGGGGUGGGAAAUGAACUGAAUUGACCAUUUGAGGAUUUACUAGUGCAGGGGAGAUGGGUGCCAGGAUCUUCAAAAGGGGAGCACAAUGACCUUCUAGUGGAUUAGGAAUGCAGAGUGGGAUAAUGCUAAGAGCCAGCGCUGGGGUUGUGCAGGGAAAAGUGGCAUGGGCAAGCAAUGUGAUCUCCACACAUGGGAAGCAUUUGUCUAAGUUGGCACGAAGCCCUCCUGAUAUCUCUGCCUGGCCUUCAGGAGUCUUCCCAGGCCACUUUUGAUACCCCUUUUGUGCUUUUGCCUGGUGGGAAUGUGUCCUUGGAGCGUGAGAACUCUUGCUUGCUCAGAUAAAGUAUGGAGAGAGGUCAGGUGGAGGUAGAAAUCUUGUCUUUUGGCUGGCUGGAAUGUAGUCCAUUGGCAAAAGUAAGCAUCUCCGCCCCCUUUGGCUUCUGUCACUGCCAACCACCAAGCAGCCUCCAGAAGGUUGGCCAUGGGGGAAUGAAAAAGAUUCCCCACCCUUGUGAGACAUAAACAUUACUACCCCUAUGCAUGAUACUCCUGUAAUGGAAGAGUAAUUCUUGCACAAUGGCAAGAUGGGUUGCCCCACAAGAACUGCUGCGAGUUACCAGAAGAAAUGCCACCUGUGAUGGGUUGUGUAUGCUGGUUCUGAAAGAGAGUCUUCCUCUCUAAUAAAGUUACAAGGUGCUCCAAACCUGUGUUUCUGUUUCAUCCUUUUGGUGACAAAGGUGAAAGAUGGGAGAACCUUUUAGAGUCUUGUUUUUUAAUUGUUUAUUUUGAAUAAUCUGCUCAAUUUCUUUGUUAAAGACCCUUGAGGCCAUGGAAAUCUUAUAGAAGUGUAAGAAGAGCCCUGCUGCUUCAGAACAAAGGUCUGCCUAAGUCUGGCAUCCCAGUCAGAUUCUCCUGGCGAACUGGCAAGCAGAGCAUGAUGCCAACACAGCUCUGCUGCUUGCCCCACAGUAGUUGAAAUUCAGCCUCUGAAAGUGGGUGUUCCAUAUAGACCUCAUGGCUAAUAGCCAUGAAUGGAGCUACAUCCUCUGUGAUUUUGGCAUAAAUGACUUUAAAGGAGGAUUAGACAAUGGCCUUCACCUUGUUGUGAGGCAGUGAAUUUCAUAAACUAAUGAUGCGCUGGUUGAAAAAAGUGCUUAUUUUUGUCUGUCCGGGGAUCUGCUGCCCAUGAAUUCCAUUGGGUGGCCUAAUGUGAUGACAGAGGGAGAAAAACCUCUCUACCUACAACAUGCGUAAUUUUAUGAACCUCUGCUGUGGUUCCCUUAGUUGUCCUCCUGCAUUGUAAGCCACGAAGCAAUCAGACACUUUAGGCUUGUAGUGAUGAUGCUUUAGCCCCUUGAUCAUCUGAGGUUAUCUUUUUCUGCACCUCUUCCAGUGCUGUGCUCUGCUGAGGUGGGUUCAACUAGGACUGUAUGCUGCUCUAUCCUAGUGACCUCAUUGCUACUUAGGUGUAGUCUGCCUCCUUCCCUCCAGACAAAUCUUCCGAAGGAUUUGAGGGUGGCCUGGUGGGUCCACAGGGCUUUGCUGAAGUAGAUUCAGACUGAUCAGCAAUAGUCUGGGGCUCAACACAAAAUCUUCAGUACCUUUGACACAGGGAAUUUCAGCAACAGUAAGUGGUAUUCAUAUGUAGCACACACACACACACACACAACCUUUAUGUACCACCAACCUCUAAGCAGUUUGCAAAAAAAAGUACAAAUAUGGCAAAUAUGGCACCUAUGGCAGUGCUAAUUCUGCAGAUCAAAGUGGUCAAGUGCGCAUACAUGGUGUGAUUCCACAAGUAAAUAGUUGUGUUGCACAAAUCCACAUACGCGCCCUUUUUCAUAUGAACACUGGUACAUGUGUAGAUACGGCUUGUGCCUAUGUUCAAUGUGACAUGUGAACAACCCUCUAUUCCCAGUACCUUAAUAAUGUGAAGAGAGCCAGCUGCAUCAUGCCAAUGGGGCAGCUAGCAUCCCGUUUUCAUAGUGGCCAACCAGAUGCCUAAGGGAAGCCCAAAGGACCUGAGCACAACAGCCCUCUGCCCAGCAAAUACUUUCCCCCUUACACACUUCCUUAUGUUAUUAUUCCUUGUGUUAAUAUCUAGUUCCUUGUGUUCAGUCUAGUUCCAAGAUGUCCGGGAGGGUUUAUAAUUUUUUUGACAGGGGUUAGUCAGAUUGCUUACACCUAUGCAACUCUUGGGCUUCCCUGCUUAUGAAGAAUACCUGAGGGACAUCAUCGCAGAAGGAAAGACAGUCUACUUUAGAGGCAACAGAAGAGAAUGGGGCUAACACUAUCAAGGCUUAUCAUCAGGAAGGCUUACUAAAAGCCUACUCCUCUUGCCAACUGAGUAGAAGCACUUGCCAAGUCAUUUCCUUUCUUAUUGUUAUCAGUGGCAGCUUCUGACCAAGAUUCUUGCAAUUUAUUUACUUUUUCCAAAGAAAUUUGUCUACGGCUGGGCCUAGACGUUUUGGUUCCUGAGGCAAAGAACAAGAUGGUGUCCCCUGCUCCUCACACACAAACAGAUUGGGGCUGAAAUUGAAACAAACUUAGCACUAGCAAUGGGACAGUAUCUUCCAGUUUAGAGGUUGCGGGAUAAGCCUUAGGCCACACACAGCUCUGGUUGGCAACAGAGGGAAAUGGCUGAUGUUCUCAGGUGGAACAUAGGCAGGCACUGCUGCAGAACACAUACUUGUUGCCUGCGAUGAUUGCCCGCCUCCGAGUGAAAACACUGGUGGAAGAAUGUGAGAUGCAAAGGUUAUCUUGACUGAUGCCUGUCUUCAUGUUAGUGUUUCCAGAAAUACAACUGUUUUAGUCUGUUUCAGCAAAGACAACAAACGUUUUGUGGCACCUUAAAGAGAAAUACUUUAUUAUGGCACAAGCUUUGAUGGGCUCAAGCCUCCUUCCUUAGAUACAGUGGUCAUUUUUGGUGUACUUUGCUUUUGGAGUGUGGAAACUGUCGCAAUGGGCAAGGCCUUCUCAAGGAAUAGGAAUGGAGGAAUUGUGGUCCUCCAAAUGUUGUUGGACUCUAACCCCCAUCAGUCCCAGACAGCAGAGCCAAUAAUGGGAGCCAGUGAUGAUGGGAGUUGUAGUGCAGCAACAUCCAGAGGACCAUAGGUUCCCUAUCCCUCUUGUAGUGUGGGAUUUUGCACCUCUAGGCCAGCUCUGAGAGGAUUUGGCUGUGAUAUCAGUCAUGGUCAGGAUGUGUUAGUUGCUAACUCAGUGGCUGACAGUUUCAUCAAUGGGAGAAAUGGUAUGCAAAGCUUAAUUUAUUUUAAAGUUGUUUUGUACUUUCCCUGGAGAAUGUUUCUUUAUCACUAGCCUGCCCCUUUAGCACAGUCUCCUGGGCCAAAUCUUAUGCAAAUUGUGGCAAAGCAAUCUACCUUUUAAGCCAGAUCAGGAUGGUCAAGAUGUAAUCAUACAGAGUUUUGGUGAAGUGGUGUUUCCAGCUUUACUCGCUUUCCUGCCUUAGCUGGUGCUUGAGUGGGGCUGUGAGAUUGUGAACAUCCAGUUACUGCUUUGUCAACUGUACUGCAGGAUCAUCUCAAGCUUGGUAGGUUUGAGGAUCACAGGAAUCUCAGCUAUCAAAACAGGGUGUGUGCGCUAGUACUUCUUGCUAUUCUCAGCUUAUCUGAAGGUUAAAUUCUUCUAUUAAAUUCUUGGAUAUCAGGAAUUUCUAAGUGUUGCUUGCUUGCUUCUUCUGGCUGCAGGAGUGUGUUUUUGUCAUAUGCCUAUUCAGAUGCAGAAUGUUUUAUCUUGGGUAUACUAAAAAGAUGCUACAUCAGUUCCACAAUGAAGGCAUUCCCUUAUCUCAAAUUGGCAGUGAACACUUCCUGAGAGCUAACUCUGUACAUCCCUGUUCCUGGACUUUUCUACAUUAAUUUGGCAAUUUUGGCAGUCUUCCUGCAUUGUGAGGUGUGGUAUCAUUGGUAAUGGUUGUCAUUCCUCUUGUCCUCCACUUCAGAAAUUAGAAAAGUUGGAGAGGGGAAUGAAAGGCAUUUUUGAUGGCCCAGAAGAUACAGGAUACAAAAUGGAGUCUAACUAAAAGGAAGGUGGGCUGAAAUGUGGUAGGCAAAUUUAGUCUCCAUAGCAUUUCUGAUCUCUAAUAGGAAAGCAGCAAAUUUCUGUUUUUUAUUUAAUUUUUGUAAUUUUUGCAACUGAGGAUAUGUCCCCAUCCAAAGCAACACAUUUUUAAACAAAUAUGGUGGGUAUUUUUUGUCCAUGAUUAGCCUCUGUUGAAGUUGUGACAAAGGACUCUCCUAAAUUUUUGUAAUACUGCUUGAGCCUUACUUACACUUUGGUCCAGAAUCCAGCACUAGCUCUUUUCCUAGUGACUGACUUGGCUGCUCAGCUCUGUCACAUUUAAUGCAGAUUCAGCAAAGUGUGAUCUCCCAACGUAUUUACUGCUUGCCAGGUGGUUGGCAGCUUUACUAAUCCUCCAUUGGAAGACUUAUUACGAUGUAUCUAAAUCAGGCAUAGGCAAACUCGGCCCUCCAGAUGUUUUGGAACUACAACUCCCAUCAUCCCUGAAAGCUGGUCCUGUUAGCUAAGGAUGAUGGGAGUUGUAGUCCCCAAACAUCCAGCGGGCAGAGUUUGCCCAUGCCUGAUCUAAAUCAAAGGCACCAUUGGCUUGUGUUUUUCGUGGGUUCUUGAACAACUCAUUCCUAUCUGUUGGAAGCACUGGAGAAUGAGGGCUGCUUGUAGGCGUUCAGUAAGGCAUCACUGGUGUGAUCCACAGCUCCUAAUGACCGAAGUGCUUUUAAUAUAGUUCAUAACAUGCUGUUACGGCUUUAGAUAACCGAACCCACACCACUCUCAUCUAACAAGACUGGGAUGAAAUUAUGUUGACUUUUGAAAUGUCUAGCAGAAAAAAGCAUUGGUCCUCCUGGGAUUUAUAUUCCCAACCAUUGAACAAGCUGAUCUGGUUGGGCCUCUCAUUAACUGAGCUCAUUGCUUUGCUUUUGAAGACUUACCAGGACUUGGCCCUGUCUGCACAUCUCCCUCACAGGUGCAGAAGUGCUCUGUUUUGUGCUAAGCUGUAAUGCUUGUCAUUUUACUGCCUUUCCAGGAGCACUGCCUAUAUUCUACUCAACGUAGGUGUAGCCUAAAACUGGCUGUGCUGCAGGUAGCUGUACUUAGUCAUGGUGCCCAGUCCCAAGGCUGUGGGGAAUUCCUACUGCUAUCUCUAACUACAUGGAACAGAGAUGAAGCUUUGGGCAACACAGAUGUGGUGUAGGCAUGGGGGACUGGGUGAUGAUUGCUGAAUUCUUGAGUUAACUAUUUCUGCAGCAACAAUUCUGGAAAAGCAAACCUAUGUGCUAACCAAGUAAGACAAAUUUGCAGAACAUACAGAAUUACAGUGGGGUUAUAACACUCAACAAAUCCUGGACUUAUUUGCAAACUUUUUCUUUUUUUUUUACAGUAGAGCAACAAUUACAUGAGCAGAUUCAAUAUGGACUAGAAGGCGGAAGUGUAUUUCUAGAGUGUGAACCACGAUCUCCCCAUGCCUCCAUCAAGUGGCUUAUGCAAGCUGAUAAUUCUGACAAGCGCAAGGUGGUAAGUCCCUCAUCCUGAAUAACCUUUAGCUAUGAGUGUGUCGACUGUGGAGAUGUUUCCUGCUUGGCAGGGGGUUGGACUCGAUGGCCCUUGUGGUCUCUUCCAACUCUAUGAUUCUAUGAUGUUAAACUUUUUCGGGGGGGGGGGGGGAGUAGUCACACUGACAUUUGUCUUAAAAAAAAAAGCAGUCUGAUAGCAUCUCUGACAUGAGGAAUGUUGGGAGCAGCUUUUACUUAUCUCACAAAAACUGCAGCUACACUAACCGAUGCAGGAAUUUACGGACAGAGUGCAAUUUCUAAAGAGAAAAUUUAAAUCCCUUCAGUUACCUCACUCUCUUCUUCCCUUUGCAGCUGCCCCGUGAUCGUGUGUUGCUGCGCACGCCCCAGGGUGUGCUUUUAGGCCCAGUGACACCGGCUGAUGGUGGGCUCUACCAGUGCAUAGGCACAGAGAACAGAUUCCGCCACACACUGCGCCGUCUUCGUUUGCACGUACUUCCACACGCCUUGCUGGAGGGGGCCAUCACCCAGGAGGCCCCUGCUCUUGGCAUUUGCGAGAGCUACUGGCGACAGCUCAACAAAGGCCAGGAUACACGGCGUAGUCGGAGCGGCCGCCAGUCCCACACUGGACCUAAUCUGUGGGACUCGGAACAGCAAAGCAGCUGGUACAGAGCCACCCAGCACUCUCUGAACUGGACCAGAAGUAGUCCCCAGCACUCCCAAAGAAGCAGCAGCAUCAACAGCAGUAGCCGCCGCCGCCAGCACCACCACCGCUCCAAGCCAUGGACAGGCCACCAUUCCCCUCCUCGGAGUUGA